CUGGGACAUUGAUUGGCACUAUAAAAUUCCCUCGUCUUGUAAUGGCUUAUAUUUUUAGAGCAUUCUGUAAUUGCUAUGUGCUGGUGAGAUGCAGCAGCCUCAGUGCAAUAGGAUUUGUUAUUCUAUGGCUUUACAGGACAUAGUCAUCUUUAAGCCAUGUGCUAUUGGCUCAAGGUGGAGUUCAUCUUUAAAGGGGCGUCCCUAGCUUCAUCCAACAAUCUUCUGUUUUUCUACAGGAAAAAUACACCGGACCUGUUCAUUUUCUCCUAUCACUGUAUAUGUGGCUUUUGGUGUAUUUAUAGCUCGCACUGACAAACAGAUUCCAUCCUGAUAUAACUUAGUUCUGCAAACCGUCUUAAGGAAUUUGGGGGUUAAAUGACCUAAGGUAUGUUCAAUAUUUAUUUCUUCUUUACAUGUGGACGUUUGUGGGUUAACUUACGAGUUUGAACUGCUUAAAAGUGUUGUGGAGAAAGCGCUCUGUGAAACGUGCUAUAAUGUGUUGGCAUUGAUACAUGUACAACAGUAUGAAGUGGAUGAGUUGGGUUCAGGAAGGCAUUUAAUACAGCCCCUUCUCAUCACACUGUAAUAUUGUGAUUGUGCAGAAGUGAUAGCAGGCUCAUCUCCAUUAUGUUAAUGUUAUUAGCUUGCACAAGAGGCUCUAAUUCUCACAAUACCAGAUGCCUACCGCUGUCCAGGGUGCUGAAUUCUGGAAAGUCUUGAUUCUGCUGAAUUCAAAAUCGUUUAAUUGUUUAUUUGUGAAUAUAAGAAAAUCAGGCAGUCCUACAUAUACAUCUUUCAGAGCAUUCUUUACUGGAGUGCUUAUUUUCAAAAUUAUAUAAAUAUACAAUAUAGAUUACCCCAGCCCCCUCAAGAAAAAAUGAUCUGUCAUUUUGUAUUGCUAUUUAUUAUUUUGUGUAUUUCUUUUAUAUUUGUAUAAAGAUGUGCCUUAUAUGUGCUCUAGGAAAAUAUCAUCAACAAGAUUAGUUUAUGAAAAGUGUGUGAUGUUUAUGUAGUUUUUAAAAUUACAUUAAUCGUAUUGUGUCUUAUCAGUCAGUAAGUUCACUAUGCAUUCAGUUGAUAGCGUUAUGUAGAAAUGCAUUAUAAACGCUCUGCGUGAUGAAAGAGUGGGUCAAUACACAGAUGACAUAUGGGCUAGAAUGACUAGUCACCCUUAGCUAAAAUAUCUUUUAGAGCGUUUAAUUGUCAAACUAAUCAGGCUGUGAUAAUAGUCUGAUUCAUAGAAGUGCAGAUGUUCUGUUGAAAGUUUUAGUGGAGAGGUUUACUGCAGGGUAUCAAAUUGUGCAUCCAGCAACAUAAAACAGGUUUUGCAAAACUAUACUAUGUUAUUCAAAAGAGCAACCCAGACAAUUGUUUACACAUAAUUAGAUGCAUUUUGGAAAAUAUGUUAUUUAGCCACAUGAAGUAACACACAAAUACAAGUAAUGUGGACAUUAUAAUGUCACCAAAUAUUCAGUAAUUAAAAUCAAUGUUUGUUGAAUGUGUUCUAUUUUCUGUGUGUAACAAUUCAGGACUAUGUUUUAGCCAUUCAAUAAAAGUACCUGACCCAUACUGAUGUUUAAUUUUGCCAAUGGUAACGAGUUUAUGCUAAGAGCACAAUAGGCCAGGUACACAGGCAACACAUACCAUCAAGUUUAUCAUAACUUAGCAUAUGUCCCGGUUCUACUGGUGUGAUGUAAAAGAAGAAUUAUUUGGUACAAAGUUUUUGAAAAGUAGAGCAAUCAGAAGGACAAUUCUUUUCGUUUCCACUGUGAUUGUUCCACUUUUACAUCUUUAACCACAGUGACCCUUUAUUCAUAAUCUCUAUUAUUCUUCCAAGGUUGUUCACUAAAAUGAGAGAUGUCUUUAAUUCGAAGUGAAUUCAAAGCUAUUUCAAAUAUAUGGCCAAAAUAGCCAUUUGUGAAAAAACAAACAAACUUCAAGUCAGCUAUGCUACAAGCAUUCCACAAUUUCAUAUUUCUGUACUAUUUGAUUUUCAAAUAAACAGCUUGGCUUAUGAAUCCUCAGUCAUAGAGCUUAACUUUCACAUGUGCACCUUUAAUGUAGGUAGCAGUUAUGUUACCUAAAUUAAAUUUGAAAAGCACUUUGUAUUCCAAUCAAUUCUCUCUUCAGUGAUUUAUUGUGUUAAAGUGUAUAGUCUUAUAAACUUUGCAAUGUUCUGUCACAUUACACUUUGAUAGCCAUUAAGUUAAUUAAUUAUUAUAAUAUUACUGCAUGCAGAUGGAACAUGAUUUAACUUGACAAGAUGUUAUUAUUAUUCUUUGUAUGUUUAUAUAUUUAUUUAUAAAUAUCUUCUUAAAAAAUAGUAUUAUAUAUAAUGACAGCAAAUGUAAUUACUUACAUGUUAAUGGUAAAGAUCAAGAAGCUUGUUCAAUUAACAGUGGGUUGUGGUGAGUUUGGAAUAGAGAUGUUGCGAACCGUCCGCAAACCUCUCGCGAAUGGUUCGCCACGGUUCGCCACGAACCGUUCGCGGCGAACUCUGGUCAGCUGACACAUCCCGGCCAAUCUCCAGCAGACCCUCCCUCCCAGACCCUCCCACCUCCUGGACAGCAUCCAUGUUGAAGCUGCCUUCAACAUGUAUGCUGUCCAGGAAGUAGGAGGGUCUUGGAGGGAGGGUCUGCUGGAGAUUGGCCGGGAUGUGUCAGCUGACCGGAGUUCGUGGCGAACUGUUCGCGAGAAGUUCGCGGACGGUUCGCGACAUCUCUAGUUGGGAAUAGAUUUGGAAGACUCGGGCCUAAAUAGUCUAACUAAAGACAGUCAACAUAGAGACCCCAAAGAGGAGAAAUUAUAACUAUAAAAUGAAUGCACACAGUUGAGUAUAUGGCCAUUUCAAAUAUCUUGUAACAGCAAAAUACGAUGGCAACUCCAUGAUAAAUGUGAACGAUAAAUAUGGAAUGGUCAUACUUGCUUUAAUUAUCCAUGGCUUAGAUUUAUAAUUAUUUUUAAUUUAGCUGGCAUUUCCAUGCCACAUUGCACAUCUAUUAAAUAACACAACUGGCAUUUAUUUGUUUAUAUGGGCUAUUUUGAGCAUGGAAUGAUUCAUUACAUUCAUCACUUGUCAUGCGGGUAUCAGAACUCCAUCUAUUCACUAAAUAAUGAAUUAUUGUGGACAGAAAACUGAAUAUUUAUGGGACAAUAUGACUAUGUACAUGGAACAAUUGUAAAUGGGGAACUGUGAGGCAGAAACAUUGGAAAGUGUUACAUAUAGAAAAUGUGUUUAUUUUAAAUACUUUUUUCUUAUAGUUAACUUAAUUGUUAUGUAACUUUGUUUAUUGUCUACAAACAAGGAGCAAAUAUUUAUAUAUAAAGUAACUAAAAAUGUGCUAUCUAUACAUACUGACAAGGAAAGAAAAUGUACACAUUUCUUUCCAGAAAACACAAAAACAGUACAUUUUAAUGUAUACCUACUUUAGGCUUCCAGUAGCAAAUUAUAAGCACCUGAAUUCAUUGUUGACUUUAUGCAAUUAUAUUUUUUUAACAUGGCUAGACUUACUGCUCAUGCCCUCCUAUUUCCCUCCCCCCAAAAAUAUUCUUAUCCUUAAAGGGACACUAUAGUCACCCAGACCACUUCAGCUCAAUGAAGUGGUCUGGGUGCCAGGUCCCUCAGGUUUUAACCCUUCACAUGUAAACAUUGCAGUUUCAGAGAAACAUCUAUGUUUACAUAGAAGGGUUAAUCCAACCUCUAGUGGUUGUCUUCCUAACAGCCACUAGAGGCGCUUCUGCGAUGCUGGAUGCAAAAUUUGCAUCCAACGUGCAGAACGUGCAUAGGAAAGAAUUGUGAAAUGCUUUCCUAUGGGCUGUUAGAAUGCACAUGUGGUUCUUGCCAUGCAUGCGCAUUCCGCUCCACUUGGGAGCUGACAUCAGCGGGGGAGGAGAGAUCACCAGCUCAGAGGGAGCCCGGUGCUGGAUUAAGGUAAGCUGCUGAAGGGGUUUUAAUCCCUUUAGCGUCAUGGGAGGGGAACCCUCAGGGUGAGGGUCCCUCAAGGAUGACAUAGUACCAUAGUGUCAGGAAAACAAACCCGUUUUCCUGACACUGUAGUUAUCCUUUAAUUAUGCUAGAAAAAUGAUUCUCUGUACUCUGAAUGAUGCUGCAUUGGACAAUGAUAGAAACAUUUAAAUAUAUAAAGGGAAUCAACACAGUAAAGGAGGAGACUAUAUUUAAAAGAAGAAAAACUACCACAACAAGAGGACAUAGUCUUAAAUUAGAGGGACAAAGGUUUAAAAAUAAUAUCAGGAAGUAUUACUUUACUGAGAGGGUAGUGGAUGCAUGGAAUAGCCUUCCAGCUGAAGUGGUAGAGGUUAAGGAUCUAGGCACCCAGACCAUGAAGUGGUCUGGGUGCCAGGUCCUUCUAGGGUUAACCUAUUUUUUUAUAAACAUAGCAGUUUCAGAGAAACUGCUAUGUUUAUUAAUGGGUUAAGCCUUCCCCUAUCCUCUAGUGGCUGUCUCAUUGACAGCCACUAGAGGCGCUUGCGUGCUUCUCACUGUGAUUUUCACAGUGAGAGCACGCAGCGUCCAUAGGAAAGCAUUGUAAAUGCUUUCCUAUGCGACGGGCUGAAUGCGCGCGCAGCUCUUGCCGCGCGUGCGCAUUCAGCCCAGGAGGAGGAACGGAGGAGGAGAGAAGGAGGAGAGCUCUCCGCCCAGCGCUGGAAAAAGGUAAGUUUUAACCCCUUUCCCCCUUCCAGAGCCGGGCGGGAGCGGGUCCCUGAGGGUGGGGGCACCCUCAGGGCACUAUAGUGCCAGGAAAACAAGUAUGUUUUCCUGGCACUAUAGUGGUCCUUUAACACAGUAAAGGAGUUUAAGCAUGCGUGGGAUAGGCAUAAGGCUAUCCUAACUAUAAAAUAAGACUAGGGACUAAUGAAAGUAUUUAGAAAAUUGGGCAGACUAGAUGGGCCAAAUGGUUCUUAUCUGUCGUCACAUUCUAUGUUUCUAUGAAAUGGUCCACAAUUCCCUGAUGCACAGAAUGCAAAGACAAACUAAUGGUGGAUUAAAUCUACCUUCACAUCCUGAUGACAUUAACUGAGCAUAAAUGUGAAUAUAUAGGCUCUGGUGUGCUUCUCAGAACCAAACUUUUGAAACGACAAUUGUUACUCAAAACUGUUGUCUAAACAAACGGAUCAAUUGGGAGCAAAUCGGCCACAAUGACACCAUUGGUUCAAACAUAUACUAACUACCCACAACCUCACCCAACAUGUAUUGUGUGGUAUAUUUACACUUAUCUGAUUAAAUUUUGAUUACAACUUCCCCAAGGGAUGUCCCAGACAACCUCCCUCUUUAACAAGUACAAAGAUAAAACAUAGGAGAAUACAGCUGAAAUUGUAUAACAGAAAUACUAAUAUAGUGUAAUACAGUACUGAACCAAAAAAAAAAAGAUCUUGAUCAAAGUACACUCAAAAGAUGUAUGAUGUAACUUCCGCCUCAAGGGUGCCUCCCCUUUGAAUACCGGGUGGCUAAAUGAGAUCUGAUAUGUGGUUUCUCAUUGUUCUAUAAAUAUACACAAAAAGGAUGGAGUAAUAAAAUAAUUAAGGAGAGAAUAGGUAAACAUGUAAUGAAACUGAGUGAGAAAGAGAGAAAGAAAGGAUUGCCUCUACUCUUCAACCUAAGGCUCAGUUUAAUAUUUCUGCAUAAGCAUUUCAAAUGAUUUAAUAUUUUUGGAUAAACUUUUAAAUUUCUUUUUUCAAAAUAUUAAAAUAUCAAAAAAUAUAUAUCUUACAAAAAUAUAUCAAUAUGUAAAAACAUAAAAAAAAAUCUGAAUAUUAAAUCAUGAAAUGCGUAUUCAAAAAUAUUAAAUGAGAAAUUAUUUCAUUCUGGUGGGAAAAAAAUGAAAAUUAGUUAUCUAGAGAAGUCUACAUUAAAGUCUAUGCUAUCUUUUGUAGAUAAAUCACAUGAAACAUUUUAUUUUUAAAAUAAUAGUAAUCCUUUCUGAUUCAACCCAUUUAAAUUGAUGCCAUGGUCUGAAAGUAUUUGUUGCACAGUCAGCCAGACUGAAAUCUGGAAAGCCAUAGGGCAUUUGAAACAGUUGUUGCAAUUGUUGAAUAAAUACAUAUAAUGUUUCAUCAUUGCUUUCUGAGCAAUCUGACAGUCAAAUCUUCCUCAUAGCAGAUUUACAGGUACAGCAAAUGAGUGAGCUUCAUCACACCAAAUUUUACUUUUAUUUUUUUGGUAAUAAAAGCAAAUGAGGGAGCUUUCCCACAACAAAUUAGUGAAAAAUAUUCUUACUUUCAUUUUUUGUGAAUAACAUCCAAUAUAAAUAGUAAACAGCUCUGCAAUAACAGCACAUAUCCUCACAACGCGUUUCAGAGUUUUCUCUUCUUUUCACAAAGUACUUUAGCUCAUUGACUCAUAAUGUAUCUUAUUUUAGGUUCAAGAUUAGUUGUCUAUAAAGUAAAUGAGUUAUGCAGUAUUUAAUUCACAACAUAAUGUUGAGGAGAGUGAAAAACAAACCAUCUUAGAAAUUAAUCCUCUUUUUCUAACGUUUUAUACCCCACGUGUGAAGAUUGCACACAUAUAUUUCUGAUGUAAUUUUAUGGAAUAUAUUCUGUUAUGUUUGCUUUAGAUUCAGCAUAGAGUCCAUUUCAAAACUCAGCAUGAAUUCUUCCUCCUUCCAUACUUUGCUUCUUUCAAAAAUUGUAUUUCGUUGCAGACAUAUAUCAUACAUAUCACACUACUGACUUGCAGUAAGUGGCACCCUUCAAUACAUUUGAUGAUCUUUUCCCUAGUGGAUUGGUUACAAAUGUUAGAGAUAUAUUCAAUUUUAGAUUAUACAUCCAUUUUCUCAUUUUCUCAUUCUUUCAUGGUAAGGUAUAUAUUUUUUCUUUUAUGGAAGAAUACAUUCAACUACAACUUCACAAAUGUAACUGUCUCUUUUAUCUAUGUACUUUCUACAAUAACCUGUCAGUCAACCUUCACAGGUGUAUUUUUUCCAUGAAGAGUAAAACACCAUUACUGUAACAUAUAUUAUCAUUGUUAUACAGCUUUAUUUUACACUAUUUUGCAAAGAUUCAAACAGGUGAUCUAUGAGCAAUGUACCAUACUGAUCAUUGAAGGUCCAUUAUUUGGGUACUUAGGGCAGCAUUCCACCAGUUUUUAUGUGGGAAAAAAAAUAUUAGCAAUAGUUUGUGAUCACCAAGAUUUUUUUCGCGGGGGUAGGGCUAAACUAUAAAAUAUGAAAAAAAAGUUGAUUAAUAUAUGUUUGUGUCAAGUAGAUCAGUGCACUAUGGCUUGAUUAAUAUAAAGUGUUUGUGUUUCCCCUAUCCUGUAAACUGCCAGGCUCCAUCCAGCAUUAAGAGUCCCAAACAAAUGUCUCUGUAAACUACAUUGUGGAAAUGUUGAUGUUUUUAACUACAUUGUGUGUGUGUCUUUAAAGCACAUUGUGUAAGUGUUUGUGUCAUUGUCUGCUAGUGAUAGUGUGUGUGUUUCAGCGAGUGCUUGUGCCAGGGUUGGUGUGCGUCAGUGAGUGCUUGUGAUGCGUGUGUGACAGUGAGUGCUUCUGUCAAUACAUCAGUGAGUGCUUGCAAUCUAUGUGUGACAGUGAGUGCUUCUGUCAGUGUUUCAGUGAGUGCUUUUGAUUUCUGUGUGACAGUGAGAGCUUCUGUAAGAUUUUCAGUGAGUGGUCAUAAUUUGUGUGUGACAGUGAGUGCUUCUGGUAGUGUAUCAGUGAGUGCUUAUGUCUGUGAGACAGUGAAUGAUUGUUGGUGCAUAUGUCAGUGAUUGUAUAAUUGUGUGUUUGUGAGAGUAUGCCUUGUUCCUUAUAUAGAUCCUUCGCUUUUAUAAACAGUGCUUUUCAUUAGGCGAAUUGUAAAAAAGAAAUAAUAUUACUUAAUUACAGAGAGUGUUAUGCAUAAAUUCAAAUAUAUGUUAAUGCAUGUAUUAGUUUAAUAUAUGUACUAUAGAGACAUAAUUUAAUAGAAUGCACAAGUAUUAAUAUACAUGUACAUAUGUAUUAAUAUAGUCAGGGCUUGCGUUAUACUUAGUCAUUAAACUCUGAAUUGCAGCAAUUGAAAAUCUAAAUAUUAUAAAGUGGGCCAAAGUAGUUGGUUUGGAAAAAUUCUCCAAAUCAGCUUGGCUGUUUUGCCUAAAUUUUAAAUUUGGCUUUUUCAGAAAAAAAACACUGUUUAGUGAAUUAGUAUUCCCCUCCCAGACUUUUUAGCCUUUUUUAGUGAAAACUUCAAUUCUAUAACAUAUCCACUAGAAAUGGACUCAGAAGGAUUAAUAAUUAACUAACUUAUUUAGCAAUUAGUGUCUGCAGCCCUUGCCAGGGGCAUUGCUAGAUGGCAAAAAGACCAAGGAUUUUAGCCCAAAAAUAUUCUGGAGAGGGUUUAAUGAUAGUUAGUUGGCACUGCUGGCACCAUAACCACUACAACAAGCUGUUGUUGUUAUGGUGCUUGGACUGCACUUUAACCCUUAUCAAGACAGACCCAUGGAUGGUAUCCAUACUUUCUACAGUAGUCCGUGUCUUUUGAGUGAGAAAUACAAGGAAAGUGUAAUUUGUUAUGGAUGCACACCAAUAAAAUCCCUGAAUGGGAUUUUUUUAAUUUUUUUGCAAAAAAGUGCUUUAUCUAACUUUGUGUAAUACCAGUGCACUCUGUGCCUUUCCUAUCAGCUCGUCAUGUAAACAGUACAAUGGUUGUGUGAAUAUAUUUGAAAUUAAAUCAACCAACAACUUGCUAUCUAAUUAAUAAAUUACUACUAUGGCUUAAUGCAAAAAAGCAAGUAAUAAUUAUUUGUUACAUUAUUUUUAAGCACAUUAUUAAUGCACAUCUGUGCCCUGGCGAUAUGCUUCCAAGACCUAAAUGCUUAGCAAUUCUUGAUCCUGAACUCGAGAUCAAGAGAGUAGAAAAGCAACAUGCAUCAAUAAUAGUUAAGAUUUAUCAGUAAGUUCAUUAUUUAGCUUGCAUAUCGUAUGCUACAUUGCACAUCUAUUAAAUAAUACUAAUGGCAAACAGUUGUUUAUAUAGGCAAGGUUUGUUUAUAUAGCUAGGUUUGAUCAGGUAACUAUGCAUGACAUGGAGAUACUGAUAUCUCAAGAGAUAUUAAAUUCUUAAUUGUUAAAAUAUACAUAUUUCGCUAUUUUACAGAUAUGUGUAUAUACAUAUUCAUAUAUGUAUAUAUAUAUAUAUAUAUGUAUAUACAUACAUAUAUAUAUAUUUCCUGGCCAUAUCCAUGGCAGCACAACAAUGGGUAGCUCCUCCCCUAUCCCUAGUUAGACAGGAACUAAUUAAAAUAAGGGUACAAAUACCCCCUCCUACCUCCUCCUCCCUCAGUCUUUUUGUUCCUGUCCUAUCCCUAUAGGACCAAAUUAGUCUAUUUUCAGGACUAUAACCACUUUUCUUUUAUGGCUUACCUGAGGGUUUUUACCUUCUGUCCUCAAGGAAGUUCAGCCUCUCUUCCUUGGGAAGCUUCAGUAUCCGGCCCUGUGCAAAGGUGUCCCCCUGAAGAUACCCCCUUAGUGACCGGGGGUUUUACUUGCAGUGACCCUAGGGGUAGCAAGAGAAAAAAAAUGCCAAAUAACUCUGAUUCCCUGCAGUGACCAAGAGGUAGCAGGAAGUGGCAAGAAGACUUUAUCCUGGAUGGAUUUCUGCAUUUUACAACAGCCCACAUGUAUGUAUGUACAAAUACUUUUUACAAUAUAUACUGUAUUUGUUAGAUCAUAUGUGUGGGUUUUUUCCCCCCCCUGCCUAUUAUUUCUGUGUACUUUUUCUUUCACGCCUUCUCGGCGUCCUGUUUGUCCGGGUGCGCAUGCGCGCCGUUUCGCGCGUGCACGUUUGUAUCGCGUGCACGCUAGCUUCAUUCGCGUGCACGCCGGGUCCGCGCGCACGCUAUACACCGCGCAUGCGUCUGGUCCCCAUGAGGCAGUUACAGUGCCUCCUACUCCGGAGUAGCUUCCGGGUUUGUGCCGCGCAUGCGCAGUUAACGAGCAAUGAAUUCGCUCGUUUUGAGCAUGCGCGGAUAGGCGGUGACGUCAGAUAUGACGUCACACGCCUAUUUAAGCGCCAAAGUUGAAUUAAAUUAUUACCUGAUGUCCUCAUUAGGUCUUUAGAGGACCUGUUUUCUUACAGUUCUCAAUUUGAAUUGCGUUUAUAUUUUACUGAAAAUCUGAAGGUAAGCUUUACUUCUUAAAGGUAUAUACACAUUUUUUUCAUUUCUUUACUCCUUUCUUUCUAUAACAAUAAGAAUUCCUUUUUUAGACUGUUCAUAAUCAACUCCAAAAUGGAAAAAGACAAAAGGAGAUCAAUUUCUUCUGAUUCGGACUCUUCUGGAUAUAAAAAUAGGUCACACUCUAAGAGUUAUAGGUAAGCCAUAUCACAUCAUUUUUUUCCCUUAUCCGGAAUAUGAUACAUGAAAUAAAAGAGUGCUAAUGUGAGAUAUUUCCCUAUCAUGAUAGUUCUACGGGAAAGAAAACAGUGAGAUCAUCCAAAGGAAAAUCUCCAAAGAAAAAUCAAUGCGAAGCCUGUAAUAAUAAACCGCUGGAAGGCAAACGGUUAUGCGCAGAAUGUUUAUCUGAAGCAGCUGCAACAUCUAAUCCUUCAAUGGAAUUUGUACAGUUCAUAAAACAAGCGGUGGCUCAAGGUAUCAAAGAAGCAGGGGCAAGUCACAAAAGACCCCGGUUACAUGAACCUUCGGAUUACCAACGUAAUGAUUCGUCAGAUGAAUCCAUGGAUAUGGAAUCAUACCAGGGGAAUUUCUUAUCUUCAGACGAAGAAGAAACUCAGGCCCCUGCAGACUUUUUAGAACCUGCUCAGAUAGACCACCUCAUUUACAAAGUCCGUAAAUCUUUGAGCUUGAAGGAGGCAGUUGCAGAGCAGUCAACCUCUUAUCGUUAUUUCUCAGAUUUGAGAAAGAAAAGAGCUACCUUUCCAGUACAUGAUACUAUUAAGGAAUUAAUUAAAGACGAGUGGUCUAACACAGAUAAGAAGCUUUCAGCACAAGGCAGAAUAUCUCGCCUCUAUCCUUUUGACAAGUCUGAUUCAUACCAUUGGGAUAAUGCCCCUAAGGUAGAUGCGGCAGUAGUUCGACUCGCAAAACACACCACAUUACCAGUAGAUGAUGCAGGCUCAUUUAGACACCCAAUGGACAAAAAAGAUGGAUCUGCAUCUCUCAAAAGCUUAUGUAGCAGCAGGGACUGGUUUUCACCCUGCAAUAGUCCUUACUUCAGUAUCCAGGGCCUUAAAAAUCUGGAUCGAAAACUUGGAAGAAGAUAUCAGAGAUGGGAGAAACAGAUCUUCUCUUCUGGAAAGAUUAAAUGAUAUUAAACUGGCCGUUGACUUUACCUCAGAAUCCUCAGUGGACAUGGUGAAAGCUUUAGCAAGAAACAUGGCUCUUUCAAUUUCAGCUAGAAGAGCUUUAUGGCUGAGAUCCUGGUCCGCAGAUUCAUCAUCAAAGUCUAGUCUAUGCGCCCUUCCUUUUCAUGGUGAGAUGUUGUUUGGUAAAAAUCUAGACGAGUGCAUCAAAAGAGCUGCAGAAGGUAAGAGAGCCUUUCUCCCACAAGACCGGAAAACCCGUGGAUCCUUUCGAGCCAGAAGAUACUCUGAAUACCCCUCUUUUCGUGAUACCAGAUCUUAUAAACCAGGAAGAGAAUAUGGAAGAUCCAUUCCAUGGAGAGGAGGUCAUUCAUCCAACAAAGGAGGAAAGUCUAGAGGUUCCUCAUUUCACAAGAAGCCUUUAUGACAAACCCACCUACCAUUCUGGAGGAGUAGGUGCCCGUCUACUUCUAUUCCAGAAUAUUUGGAAACAUUCAACUCAAGACAGAUGGGUGCUGGAUAUCAUACAGAGAGGUUAUCUUAUAGAAUUCUCCACAAGGCCGCCUCCUCGCUCCUUCCAGAAGACAAUCUGGCCAAGAGAUGUAGAAAAAAGAGAUUCCCUAAAAAAGUUUAUCUCAUCCCUUCAAGACGAUGGAGUUAUCGUUCAAGUUCCAAGAGCUCAACAAACACAUGGGUUUUACUCCCAUAUCUUUCUCACCAGAAAAUCCACAGGGGGAUGGAGAUAAGCAGACUAAACAAGUUCCUAAACAUAAGGAAAUUCAAGAUGGAGUCUCUUCAAUCCAUUGUAAAAGCAGUUUUUCCAGAUCAAUGGCUCAUGUCAAUAGACCUGGCAGACGCAUAUUUCCAUAUUCCCAUAGCACCCCAGCAUCAAAAAUUCCUCAGAUUCGCUGUAGAAGAGGGUCAUUUUCAGUUCCGGGCUCUCCCUUUUGGGCUAAGCACUGCUCCGCGUACUUUCUCAAAAGUUCUGGUGGUUCUCAUCGGAGAACUCAGGAAGAAAGGCAUUGCAGUAUAUCAUUACCUCGACGACAUCUUGAUUCUGGCAGAAAACAGAGAUAUAUUAGAAGAUCACGGCCUGAUAUGUAUACAGUAUCUUCAACAACACGGAUGGAAGAUCAAUUUUGCCAAAAGCAACCUAAAGCCAUCCCAGAGCAUGAUAUAUCUAGGAGCAGCAUUCAACACUGCAGAAGGUUCCGUCCAACUGUCCCCAGAAAGGGGUAUGAAAAUUCGGAAAAAGGUCAAAGACAUGUUAGCAUCCAGUGUUUCCUCAGCAGAGACAACUAUGAGCCUCCUGGGAUCAAUGUCCUCCACCAUAGGACUUACGAGAUGGGCCCAAUGGAGAAUGAGGCCUUUCCAAAGGAAUUUCCUUUCUCAAUUCAAGGGCAAUCUGUCUCAACCUAUAGUGAUCCCUCCUCACGUACAAAAAUCCCUGAAGUGGUGGACCCAGAAAGAAUCUCUCUUCAGAGGUUAUCCCUUAGGAAACAUUCCAUGGAUCAUCAUCACCACAGAUGCCAGUCAAUGGGGCUGGGGAGCCCACCUUCAAGACAACUAUGUUCAGGGGAAAUGGGCAUUUUCAACCUCCGACACCCCUUCAAAUCUUCUAGAACUUCUGGCAGUUUUCAAGGCUCUAAUACACUUCCAGCAACUUUUACUUCACAAAUGGGUCAAGAUCAGGACAGACAAUGCCACAGUUGUGGCAUAUAUAAAUCACCAAGGAGGGACAAGAAGUUGCAGAAUGAUGAAACUUAUGAAACCUUUGAUGGCCUGGGCUCAAAUGAAUUUGGAGAAUAUCUCUGCAAUACAUCUCCCAGGAACUCAGAACUCUGUGGCAGACUUUCUCAGCAGGGUGAGAUUAGACCCGGGAGAAUGGAGUCUAUCAGACAUCAUAUUUCUACAGAUCGUAGAAAAAUGGGGCCUUCCCCAGAUAGAUCUAAUGGCUACAAGCAACAACAGAAAAGUCAAGAACUUCUUUUCGAGAAUUCCAGAUCCCCAGGCCAUAGGAAGAGACGCAUUGACAUGCAGUUGGAACUUCAACCUAGCUUAUGCCUUUCCUCCGAAACCCCUCAUCUUCCCUCUGCUAAGGAGACUACGACAAGAGAAGACAUCACUGAUUCUAAUAGCCCCUUUUUGGCCUCGCAGACCUUGGUUUCCGCUCCUACUAAGUCUGUGCAAGAAGGAUCCAUGGCGCCUUCCAGUUGUCCCAUUCCUGUUACAUCAGGGUCCAAUUCAUCAUCCAAACCCAGCAUCCCUUCAUCUGAUGGCAUGGUACUUGAAAGGGAUGGGUUAAAGGACAAGAGAUUUUCGAGAUCAGUUAUCGAGACACUUCUUCAAGCAAGGAAGAAGUCCACUUCAUCCACUUACUACAGAAUAUGGGAUGUAUUUUCUUCAUGGGCCAGUUCAAGGCCCUUUGAUAUGUUGAACCCUUCAACUACUGACAUUCUUGAUUUUUUACAAUCAGGUCUAGAGAAGGGAUUGAGUUAUAACACUCUAAAAGUGCAUGUUUCUGCCCUCUCUGCUUUAACUAAUCAUAGAUGGGCACUGGAUCCAGACAUAGCUAGAUUUUUGACUGCAGUCCUCAAGAUCAAGCCACCCAUUAAGUCUAUUACUCCGCCAUGGGAUCUCCCUCUGGUCCUGAAGGCUCUUAAAGCAGAUCCUUUUGAACCUAUGGCAUCUAUUUCCUGUCAUCUUCUCACGAUCAAGACAGUUCUACUAGUAGCCCUAGCCUCUGGUAGAAGGGUUUCUGAUCUUCAGGCUCUUUCGGCUCGAGAACCUUUUACUAUAUUUCAUAAGGACAGAGUCAUCCUGAGAACGGUUCCAGAAUUCCGCCCUAAGGUAACUUCAGAGUUCCAUAUGAAUGAAGAAAUAAUCCUUCCAGCAUUAAGUAUAGAAGAAUCUAAUAACAGGGAAGACGCUGAUGAUGAUGCUAUCGACCUAGUAAGAUGUCUUAAGAUAUAUAUACAAAGAUCCUCAGAAUGGCGUAUUUCGGAAAGGCUUUUUGUUAUUCCUAAUGGCCCUAGGAAGGGUCUGCAAGCUUCGAAAGCCACUAUCAGCAGAUGGAUAGUUUCGGCCAUUAUCCAAUCUUAUAGAUCAUCUAAAACUAGUGUUCCUGAAGGUUUGAAAGCUCAUUCUACACGUUCCCUUUCUUCAUCCUGGGCAGCUGCAGCAAAGGUUUCUACAGAACUGAUUUGCAAAGCAGCCACUUGGUCAUCUUCUAAUACAUUUAUUAGACAUUAUCGUUUAGAUGUAAGAGCUGGCCAAUACGAUGGAUUUGGCAGAUCAGUUCUUUCUGCCUCAAAGGAUUAACUACUAUUCUUUUUGUUCAUCACAUUGAAUUGUUUGUGACAAUACACUUGCAUUAUAUAAUAAUGUGUCUGAGUUUUUCUUUCCCUCCCUUGGUUUUAGCUUGGGUAUUACCCAUUGUUGUGCUGCCAUGGAUAUGGCCAGGAAAGAGAUAAAUUUACUCAUACUUACCGUAAUUUUCUUUUCCUGGUCAUAGGCCAUGGCAGCACAAAGGUCCCACCCAGGGAUAUUGCUGUUAACUAGACUGAGGGAGGAGGAGGUAGGAGGGGGUAUUUGUACCCUUAUUUUAAUUAGUUCCUGUCUAACUAGGGAUAGGGGAGGAGCUACCCAUUGUUGUGCUGCCAUGGCCUAUGACCAGGAAAAGAAAAUUACGGUAAGUAUGAGUAAAUUUAUCUCUAUAUACAUACAUAUAUAUAUAUAUAUAUAUAUAUAUAUAUAUAUAUAUAUAUAAAAUUGUAUUAUUUUUUAUUUUACUUAUAUAAUUUAAUAGUAGGAAUAAUCUGUCAGUCUUUCUUGUCUCUGUCUACCUAUCUGGUCACAAUAACAGAAACCAGAACAAGCAUAGGUCAAUAUUCUAAAAAUCUGAAUAAACAUUUGAAUAAUAUGGAACUUUAGUGUAACAGGAACAACAUUAUUGUUCGGAAGAUACAAUGGACUGCACAAUGUCAAUGAACCUACAUCCAUCUGCUCACAAAACAUCAGAGACACACAUGGUUAUUUGCUAAAGGGAGAACUCCAAGUUAAUCUAAAGUAAAUUUCAAAUUUAAAGCCAGUGUAGCUUAAUGGAAAUCAUAACUGACUUAGAGAAUUUUUGCAGUUUGGCUAUUUUGACCUUAAAUUUGAAACUCAUUUUUAAUUCUCACUUUAGUGAAUAACCCUGUUAGAAUGGAAAUUCACUCUUCAGCAGAAAAAAAGAGAACAAACAAUAGUAUAUCACAAUUUAAUGUUCACCAUGAAAAAUAGAAGUUAUACUAAAUAUCAGUAAAAAUUCAAAUCCCAGUCUCUUUUUACACCAGAUAACCAUGGUACAUAAACUGCGUGGCAUGUUACCAUUGUGAAUAAUAUAAAGUGUAUCUCCAAUUUCCAAUGAUACAGAGUGCAAAGCUACACAAUGCAUUAUAUACUAACAAAUGUAGAAAGGGAUAUAAAAUAAAAUAAGUACAAAGCUAAUAUUCAAAGAUAUUUUUACCUUUCCUUACAUAUUGUACAUACAAGCAUCACUAUUGCAGAGUUGACACAUAUUUCUUCAGGAUACAUCAUUCACAUAUUAAAAAGUAAAUAACUGUAGAUCUUUCAACUCUGCAGAACAUAUCUCAAAAUAAAAUAUAUUUAUGGGAAGAAUUAAAUUAAGAAUAAGCAGUAUUGUCUUUAAAAUUACUCUGAAAGUAUUUGUUACGGUUGCUAAUAGUUGUCAAUGACUAUCAUCAAUGAUCGUCUUGUAGCAUAUUUCCCUAAUCUAUCAAAUGUUAAGGGGGAGCUAUCACUUCUCUGGAAUUUAUACCAAUUAAUAAAAUAUUGAAAUCACUUAAAACGUGAGCUAACUUAAUUUUCAUGAAAUGCUCUGUUCUCUUUUAAAUUUCUACUAAAGAGUUAAUACAUUACAUCUUUACCUAGUUCAGAGAAGACAAAGCCAGGGCAAGCAUUCCAAGAAAGAGGAGACAUGUAAACAUUGUUUCGUUUCUCUUCUCUCUGUAAGCUUUCUCUAUCCUGACUGUCAAGUGCAAAGGAUAGAGCAAAUAAAAAUGAUUGACAGGGAGCUAAAAUGGAUUUACCCACUGGCGGGAUAUAGACGUGUGGAUUUCUAUAUUCGUUUUAUUUUUUACACUUCACAAAUACAUUUCCUAAAUAUGGUAUAAAUAGACAUAAAAUGAAGACAAUCAAUAAAAAAAAAGAAAUAAUGUAUAUUAUAUUGAGUAAUAUGUUUAGACGUACAAGUCACUAAAGCAAAACCAAAAUGUUAAAAAUGAUGUAAUAUAACUUUCUAUAGCAGUGCUUUAUGCACACAUAAAAGAAAGAAAAAAGCUCAAUAAAAUAAUCGUUCUUAGUAGUAAACUAAAACAAUGGUAACAGCAUAUAGAGCGUGAAACAGUGGAAUACUAAAUUACUGCCCAAAUACAAAUCAGAUCUGAAACAACAAUUGUUAAAUUGUAACCAGAGUGCAAAAAUGUAAUUGUAAAAUGUAACUCUCCUAUGGACUGUUAGAAUGCGCGCGUGGCUCUUGCCACACAUGCGCAUUCCGCUCCACUUGGGAGCUGACGUCAGCGGGGGAGGAAAGGUCACCAGCGCAGAGGGAGCCUGGCAUUGGAUAAAGGUAAGUGGUUGAAGGGGUUUUAACCCCUUCAGCUCCAAGGGAGGGGGACCCUGAGGGUGGGGGUCCUAAAGAUGCUAUAGUGUCAGGAAAACAGGUUUAAACCAAAGUAGCCAUCUCUGUGUUCUAUACUCUUACCCUUACUCAGAAAUAUUAUUUGUUUCAUUUUACAUAUCUCAUAAGCCACAUAACACCAUUCCCUAAAUGAAGGAAUUUGUGCUUGUUUCCAGUAUUAUGAUGUCAAAAUCUUAGCUGAAUCAAUCAGCCUAACUGUAAAAUAAUUCCUAUAAUUCUUGCUUGAGUGCUUUGUGUUAUGAAUUCAAAUUUGUGAGGGGUCCAUUUCCAAAUCUAGGUCAUCCGGAGAUCUUAUGAUACUGACCAUUUCUUUUUCAAAACGGACUCAAAAGUAGGCAUGUUCACCAGAUAUGAACAUAUACUAUACAAUUCAAGCAUCUCCAGAAAUUUUCUGGACUACUAAAUUGGAUUUUAUAUAUGGCAUAUGGAAUCUUACAGGAAUUCUCUUUUAUUUUUUUAGAUAAUGAACAUUUAUAUGUUAAUAAUGCAGUCUUAUGCCAUUGUUCGUGUGUGAGAUUUAUAUUACAAUAAGUCUUCCACAGAUUAAAAAAGUAAGGUUUGACAAAUGAUAUGCUUUAUGUUAUUAUUUUAUAACCUCCAGAGAUCAAUCCAGUAUGAGGUUUUUGUAAAAAGCAUAGUUUCUCAAAAGGGGAUAACAUUUCUGAUUUCUGGCAUGUUUGUUUCAGAGUAGCCACAUAAUGAAGAAUUUAAGAAUAUAAUAUAGCUGAAAAUUAUUUUAAUUCUGUCCAGUAUUUGUUGAAGCUCUAUUAUAAUCGAUUACGAAAUGCCCCAAUCUGGGGUAUAGAACCUACAACUAUAUAUUUUUCCUUCUCAUUUACUUAAUUUUGCAAGUACAUGCAACAGUAGGGUGUUUAUGUAUCUUUAAAGACUGUUUGAGUAUUACAUAGCCAAGGGCCAGGCGUCAGGUCUGCUGCCCACUUACCCAUCAGGUCUGCUGCUCUCUCCCCUCCUUCCUCUGGUAUUCCGUUCGACACUGCAUGCUUGCACACAGCGUGCCUUUAUGUGUGACCAACUUUGGUCCUGAAUCCAGAAUUUGCUGAACCGAAUUCAACAAAUUGAAUUCAGCACACAAAUAUAAAUGUCAAACUGAAAAGGUGAAUUACUGUCCAUAAUUAUACAAAACUCCAAGAUGACCUAGACCAAUGGGAGUUAAGACCUGCCAAUAUAUACUAACAUUUUCCAUUCCUUGUUGCCCUGUUGUGGUUCUUGUUGGCCCAGUAUCGCUUUACUGCAGUAUUCUUCUUUGGUAAUUAUUCUGGUUAUGGAUUAUCAUUAUUCCUGUCUUCUGUAAUCCUUUGACCUUCGCUUGUGUAUAGUUUAUCCAGUAUUCUGUAUAGAUUUGACCUUGGAUAUCCGUAUUGACUCUAUUUGUCCAUUAGUCCAGCCAUUCUAAGGACCGGUAUUUAAAAAGUUGGUUUGUUGUGAUUUGUUCUGUGUGUUUUGGUUCCACUCGAUCCUGACAACAAGGGGAUACCUUAAUGGGACUAUUAAAUGCAUAUUGUUCCAGAUCUAUCCAAACUUUAUCUAAAUUAUUCCAAAUUUAUUACUCAGGACAGAUGUUCUGAUUUAUAAUAUUUGCGAGCCCCAUUCCACCUCUGUUUUUUAGGAUUAAUUAAAUAUGAGUAACCCAACUGAGGUUCUUUCGGUUUCCAAAGAUAUUUCCUAUAUAAAAAAACCUUUAGGAACUUCAAUUGGUAUUGUUUGCAUAAUAUAUAAAACCUUAGGUGUCACAUUCAUUUUAACUACAAUAGCUGUACAAAGUCAUGAAAUAUUUCGCUUGGCUCAUUUCUGCAGGUCUAAUUUAAUCUCCCACUAAUAUUUUGAGGUAGUUAUGUUCGUAUCAUCUUUGUAAAUUUUAUAACAUGACAGGAGGCUUCGUAUUUGCUUAAGACUUUCUUUACUUAAGCUUCACAGCAGCACUUUUUCACAUAGUAACAAGGUAACCAAUAAGAAAAAAGGAAUAACAAGGUAUAUAGGUCCCUCCCAGUGAUGUCAUUUCCUCUUUCUUUGCUGCUUCACACCAGUACAGGUCAGAGUGCCACUGUCUCCUACUUUUGUGGGGUUUUUUUUCUAUGAUUUAUUUACUAUUAUAGCUAUCAUCUGUUUUAUUCAUAUUCCUUUAGUAUAUUAGUCAUAUAUAUAUAUUUUUACCCUUCAUUCUAUUUCUGACUGAUUUAUUUUUUCCCAUCUCUAUCUUCUAUGUGGUAUUUCUCCACUACUUUCUUCUUUCAGUCGUUAUUUUUUGGUUACUGUCUGUUUUAUAAUUAUUGUAUUAUAGGUUGUGUACCUCUUAAACCCAAUUUCUCCGUGCGGCAUUUUUGCCGCGUUUUCCCGGGCUUUUGGUCCUUGGAGUACGCCUCCAACGGUCCCCAGUGCGCGCGGCGGCCAUAUUGGAUCUCGCUCCCCGCGAGAUCCAAACGGCUUCCUCCUUCACUUGUGCGCGCGCGCGAGAUCGCGGCGGCCAUUUUCUUGGAGCCGCGAUCUCCAUUCACUCCGGCCGUGCGGCGGCCAUUUUUUACCUUUCUACUUAUUAAUCACAUUACUAUUAUGUACAACAUUAACACCUCAUAUCCAGUAAUUAUACCAAAGCGUUCUCUAUCUGUUUACUCCUUCUCUAACAAGGAAGGAGUUUGACUCCACAUGCAGUCUCAUCCCUGUAUCUCUCUACUUCCCUCUGGUGGUAGAUUAUAGGUACUACAUAUAUAAAUUAAUCUCAAUAUAUUUAUUUCAACUGCAACAAAUUUAUUGCCCAAACAGUUCCUCAUAUAAACUUUAUGAUUACAACUUAUAUCUACACUAUACAUGUGCAUAAGGUAAACACAUAAAACUAAAUUACGAUUGCUGUUAUCAUAUACAGCCCAUGAUUGGCCCGCUUUGUCUGUGCCACUAUACCUCUAUACAGGUUUGAAAAAGUAUUCCCUGAGGUGAUUUAUACUGGGUGACCCCCACUUACAGCUUGCAAUCUGAAAUGAUAACAUACUGUGAUAUCUUGAGACGGCCUUAUUAAUACACUCUAACACUGGCCUAUUCUGCCCCAUAGGUACCACUGUUGCUAUGGAGGCUUCAAAUCAAGAUCAAAACUUGCAAGCUAUUAUAAAUGCAGCCGUAGCUGCUUCACUUGAAAAGGCCCUGGCUCGGGUGCUGCCCAUUGAGCAAAAAGACCCUAAAAUUUCCGACACCCCGCUUUCUGACGAAGAUGCGGAGGAUUGCGAUUCCACAAAAUACUACAUCCUUCUGUACUGAGCGUAGAAAAGCAGUGCUGCUGCGUAUGGAUGCUAAGUUAGCUGACUUGGGAACCAAGGAAUUGGGCCCCAAAGCACAGGGUCUAUUGUUUGGAGAACCCUACAUUAAAGAAUUACAUAAACAUGUAAACUUAUACGCCACACUAAACAAGGCGCAAUCAUCCAUGAAAAGAGUAUUUCACUAUCAACCCUCACGGGUUUUUGGCAGGGCUGGCCGUACAAGGGGUCGCACAGUCAGACGUUUCUGGACCACAAACCAACGCCAGAGAACCCCAACUUCAUCUUUCUUCCCCAACUAUCAACCGAGAGGCUCUUAUUCCCAAAGGGCGGAUAGAGGAAGAGGAUACAGAACCCGCGGACGCAGUAGAUACCCAACAGGUGAGAUUUCCUUCUUUUCACCUUUCUACUGUUUAUCAUGCGGGCAGGUUGUCACUGUCAGGAUACUGACAGGGAUCCAAUACGCAGAGUGCGGACAGUAGGAGGUACGUAUACCGGACCUUAGAAUGGCCGGACUAACGUAUGGACAAAACAAGAAUAGUCAAAAGGUAAGCCGAGGUCGAGGGAGCCGGAGGACAGGUAAGCGAGAUACAAGCCGAGUCAAAGGAGAGGAGAGGACAACAGGACAAAAGACAAGCAAGGUCAAAACCGAAAACACUAAGAGAGAGAACGCGCUGAGUGACUAGCAAGCUAGAACCACGACAGGGCAAUGAGCAGUAGUAAAGGUUUCCUUUAAAUACCCUGUCACCUUAAUUGAGACCACGCCCCCAAAAGGUCCGGAAUAGCGGUUCCCGGCACUUCACGUAAUGCUGACGUCAUGACGUCGACGCUAGCCGUCGCGUCAUAAAAGGGGGAGGAGCUAGCGCGGCCGGCGCGAAAACGGCCGGAAUUUGCCGAAAUGCUAGGGGCAAGGAGCCCCUAAACAGAGAGGAUGUCUUCCCUGGAGUCAGCACCAACAGGUACCCUGACAGUACCCCCCCUUCUAGAAACGCCCACCGGGCGGAUGGGACCGGGCUUAGAAGGAAAACGAACGUGGAAGGCCCGAAGAAGGCGAGGAGCAUGCACGUCUACACAAGGAACCCAAGACCUCUCUUCUGGACCAUAACCUUUCCAGUCUAUGAGGUAUUGCAACUUCCCCCUAGAAAUACGAGAAUCAAGGAUGGACCUAAUGACAUAUUCUUCCUGACCAUCCACACGGACCAAGGGUGGAGGAGCAGAGCGGGAGGAAAAUUUGUUACAAACAAGAGGUUUCAAUAAAGACACAUGAAAAGAGUUAGGGAUGCGUAGAGUAGGGGGCAGGUCCAGCAAAUAAGAAACCGGGUUGAUCCUCCUCAGCACCCUGUAAGGGCCUAUGUAACGAGGAGCAAACUUCAAAGAGGGGACUUUCAGGCGAAUGUGUCUGGUACUCAACCAGACCCUAUCACCCGGAGAAAAAAUAGGAGCAGGCCGUCUACGUCUAUCAGCAUGCAACUUAAACACUGCGGAACUACGUGUAAGAAUUUGUCGAGUCUGAUCCCACAACUUUCUCAGGUUGGCUAUAUGAAUAUCAACCGACGGUACCCCCUGGGAAGGAGACACCGACGGAAGAACAGUAGGGUUAAAGCCAUAGUUCAAGAAAAAGGGGCUAUUACGAGUGGAACCACAAACAAGGUUGUUGUGAGCAAACUCCGCCCAAGGAAUCAGACCGACCCAGUCGUCCUGGUGUUCAGAAACAAAACAACAUAGAUAUUGCUCAAUUUUUUGGUUAGUGCGUUCGGCUGCUCCGUUAGAAUGAGGAUGAUAGGCCGAAGAAAAAUUCAGUUUGAUGCCCAACUGGGAACAGAAGGAUCUCCAAAAACGGGAAAUAAACUGGGAACCCCUGUCCGACACAAUCUCAUUGGGAAUACCAUGCAAACGGAAAAUUUCUCUAGCAAAUAUCACGGCCAGUUCAGGAGAGGACGGAAGUUUAGGCAAGGGAAUGAAAUGAGCCAUUUUAGUAAACCUGUCAAGGACCGUGAGGAUAACCGUGUGCCUACUGGAAACCGGCAGAUCAACAAUAAAAUCCAUAGCCAAACAAGCCCAAGGUUUGUUGGGAACGACUAAGGGCUGCAAUAAACCACAAGGGAGAUCCCGUGGUAGUUUAUUCCUGACACAAACAUCGCAAGCCUUGACAAAGUCUUCCACAUCCCUACGUAAACUAGGCCACCAGAAGUCUUUGGAGAUCAGGCAGUAAGUUUUGUGUAUGCCGGGGUGACCAGCGAACUUGCUAUCGUGAAAACAGCGAAUAAUGUCCACUUGGAAUUUGGGAGACACGAACAAGCGGCCCACAGGAGUACGCUCGGGAGCAAGAGAUUGUUCGUUCAUUAUAUCUAAGAGCAAUGGAGAGUGUAUUUUGACAUUGGUGUUGGCGAUAAUAUUGACUUCAGGAAUAAUAGGGAACAAAGUGUCUUCUGUAGAGGCGAUAGGUUCGUGCUGACGAGACAAUGCGUCUGCCUUAGUGUUCUUAGAACCAGGCCUGUAAGUAAGUAUAUAAUUAAAGUGUGUAAGGAACAUAGACCAACGUGCUUGCCUGGCAGAUAAUCUUUUGGCCUCCCCCAUACAAGAUAAAUUUUUGUGAUCAGUCAAGAUAGUAACUGGGAGAACAGUGCCCUCUAACAGAUGUCUCCAUUCCUUUAAUGCCAUAAUGAUAGCUAAGAGUUCUCUAUCACCAAUGUCAUAUCUCCUUUCAGUGUGUGAUAGUUUCUUGGAAAAAAAACCGCAAGGGUGCAGCGGCUUAUCUAAACUUUGUCUUUGGGACAACACUGCGCCUAUCCCUGUUUCAGAUGCAUCAACUUCAAGUAAAAAGGGUAGAGAGGUAUCAGGAUGAACUAAUACAGGUGCUGAGGCAAAAGACUGUUUGAGCGUUUCGAAAGCAGAUAAAGCCUCAGUAGACCAGGUUUUGGUAUCGGCUCCUUGUUUGGUCAUAUUAGUGAUAGGAGCGAUAACAGAGGAGUACCCUUUAAUAAAACGUCUGUAAUAAUUAGAAAAUCCAAGAAAUCUUUGUAUGGCUUUGAGUCCCUUAGGUAAAGGCCAAUCUAAAAUCGAUUUUAGUUUGGUCGGGUCCAUCAUAAACCCGUCUUUGGAAAUUACGUAACCUAAGAAAGUUACCUGAGACUGAUCAAAGCUACAUUUUUCCAAUUUACAAUACAAUCCAUGUUGUAAAAGUUUCUGCAAUACCUUUCUGACUUGUCUAUGAUGUGAGUUAAUGUCUCUAGAAUGUAUUAGUAUAUCAUCCAAAUAUACAAUCACACAUUCAUGUUGGAAUUCUCUAAGAACUUCAUUGAUCAAGUCUUGGAAGACGGCCGGGGCAUUACAAAGCCCAAACGGCAUUACGGUAUACUCAUAAUGCCCGUAACAGGUAUUAAAUGCUGUCAUCCAUUCAUCUCCUUGUUUAAUUCGCACCAAGUUAUAUGCUCCUCUCAAGUCAAGUUUGGUAAAAAUACUCGAGCCCUUUAGUCUGUCAAAGAGUUCAGUAAUCAAAGGAAUAGGGUAAGCAUUCCUGAUAGUAAUUUUGUUCAAUCCCCGAUAGUCUAUACAAGGACGUAAGGUACCGUCUUUCUUUUCUACAAAAAAGAAACCCGCCCCCGCCGGAGAAGAAGACUUUCUAAUAAAUCCUUUGUCUAAAUUCUCCUUGAUGUAUUCCUCUAAAACUAAAUUUUCCUUGGUGGAUAAAGGGUAUACCGUACCCCUAGGAGGCAUAGUACCAGGGAAAAGUUUAAUAGAACAGUCAUAAGACCGGUGGGGAGGUAAAGUAUCCGCCUUACCCUUGUCAAAUACAGAUUUGAGGUCUAGAUAUUGUAAUGGUAUCUGAACGUCUGUGGAUUGGGAAGAGUUAGUAUAAGAGUUUACGGGGCAAACAGAAGUAACUCUCUGCAGACAUUCUUUCCUACAACCAAUACCCCAAGAAACGAUUUCUCCACCCUCCCAGUCAAUCUGAGGGUUAUGUCUCUUGAGCCAAGAAUAUCCUAGUACCACUGGGACUGCCGGGGAGGAAAUUAACAGAAGGGAAAUCAACUCCUCGUGGAAGAUACCAACAGUAAGCUUAACGGGUUUGGUCUCAUGGAAUAUUACUGGUUCCGAUAAAGGUCUACCAUCUAUGGCCUCAAUGGCCAAGGGUGUAUCUCUCAGUUGGAAUGGGAUACAAUGCUUAUUAGCGAAGGUUUGGUCUAUAAAGCUUUCUGCUGCUCCAGAAUCUAACAAUGCCAUCGUAGAAAUAAACCCAUUUUCCCAAGCUAGAGAGACAGGAAUCAGAAGCCUAUGGUCUUUUUUAUUAUGUAUAGAGGACAGUAACGAAACACCCAAGGCCCGUCCUCUAAGGGAACUUAGGUGCGAGCGUUUCCCGGGCGAUUAGGGCAACUAAGACGUAGGUGACCUCUCCGCCCGCAGUAUAAACAGAGACCCUCCCUUCUUCUGUACUGUCUCUCAGCCUCAGAUAAGCGAGUAUUACCUAUUUGCAUAGGUUCUGGUGGAGUAGGAUUAAAGGAGUCAGGGUUCUGAAAUGAGGGAGCAAGUCUUACAGGAAGUCUAGUAACUCUUUCCCGAGUGUUCUGCCUCUGUCUCAUGCGUUCAUCUAUUCUGGAAAUGAAAGAUACUAAAUCCUCUAAAUUUUCCGGAAGUUCUCUUGUGGCAAUCUCAUCUAGAAUUUCAUCAGACAACCCAUUCAAGAAUACAUCCAUAAAAGCUUGUUCGUUCCAUUUCACUUCUGCUGCCAAUGAUCUAAACUCUAAUGCAUAUUCUACAAGGGUCCUAUUCUGUUGUUUAAGGCGUAACAGGGAUCUGGCCGCAUUAAUCUUCCUUCCUGGGGGGUCAAAAGUCCUUCUAAAUGCCGUGACAAAAGCAGUGUAGUUGUAGACUAGAGGAUUGUCAUUCUCCCAAAGGGGAUUGGCCCAUCUAAGUGCUUUAUCUAUUAGCAGAGUUAUAAUGAAGCCUACUUUAGCCCUGUCAGUAGGGUAAGCCCGGGGUUGAAGUUCAAAAUGUAUGCUUAUCUGGUUUAAAAAACCACGACAAGCAUCGGGCGAACCCCCAUAACGUAACGGUGAAGUGACAUGGGAAGAUGCGCCUACAGUGGCUACUUCCAAACCAGUACUUAGUGGGAGGCUAGCAGUGGAACGUACUUCUUCUGACUGGGUGCUGGAACGUGUUAGCAAAGUUUGUAAUGCUAAAGCCAUUUGGUCCAUUCUAUGGUCCAUGGCCUCAAAUCUGGGGUCAGGAGGACUAGCACCUGCAGGAUCCAUUUGGCCCUGUCGUAAUGUCAGGAUACUGACAGGGAUCCAAUACACAGAGUGCGGACAGAAGGAGGUACGUAUACCGGACCUUAGAAUGGCCGGACUAACGUAUGGACAAAACAAGAAUAGUCAAAAGGUAAGCCGAGGUCGAGGGAGCCGGAGGACAGGUAAGCGAGAUACAAGCCGAGUCAAAGGAGAGGAGAGGACAACAGGACAAAAGACAAGCAAGGUCAAAACCGAAAACACUAAGAGAGAGAACGCGCUGAGUGACUAGCAAGCUAGAACCACGACAGGGCAAUGAGCAGUAGUAAAGGUUUCCUUUAAAUACCCUGUCACCUUAAUUGAGACCACGCCCCCAAAAGGUCCGGAAUAGCGGUUCCCGGCACUUCACGUAAUGCUGACGUCAUGACGUCGACGCUAGGCGUCGCGUCAUAAAAGGGGGAGGAGCUAGCGCGGCCGGCGCGAAAACGGCCGGAAUUUGCCGAAAUGCUAGGGGCAAGGAGCCCCUAAACAGAGAGGAUGUCUUCCCUGGAGUCAGCACCAACAGGUACCCUGACAGUCACACUGUGUAGACAUGUGGAAGACCCUGUCUUCAGAUACCUGGGUCCUAAACACAGUUCAGGGUUUCUACAUAGAGUUUCAUUCUCUCCCUUCUCAAACAGGUUAUCCUCACUAUCCAAAAAUGUCAAGGGCUCAGAGUCUUCACCUAGAUUCAGAACUACGUUCUCUCUUAACAAAAGAGCUCCACCCGCCGAAGGUUUCCUCAGCUCCAUCUUCUUAGUCAAGAAGAAGUCAGGGGAAUUUCGCCCAGUCAUCAACCUUCGUCAACUGAACUCUUUCGUUAUCUACCGACAUUUCAAAAUGGAAGGGAUUCACUUCCUCAGAGACAUCCUCCGACCAGGCGACUGGUUCACCCGUCUCGACCUCAAGGACGCUUACCUUUCGGUGUCAGUACACCCUUCAAGCCGGCGUUUUUUUCGCUUUCAUUGGCACCACCGAAUUUUCCAAUUCACCUGUCUUCCAUUUGGCCUGAGUUCCGCUCCGUGGUGCUUCACCAAACUCCUCAAGCCAGUCACCACACAUCUGCGAGAAAGUGGCAUCCGUUGUUUAAUCUACCUCGACGACCUCUUGCUUCUCUGUGAAGACGUAUCCAAACUGCGUUCACAGACGAACUAUGCUUCUGCAUUAAUCGAAUCCUUGGGGUUCGUCAUCAACCAAGAGAAAUCGUCACUGUCCCCAACCAGAGUCAUUCAAUUUCUCGGAUUCGAAAUCGACUCUUCAACCUGUGUUCUUCGCCUACCUCAGUCCAAGUUAUCCGCGAUCAAGAAGGAACUACGCAAAACGCUUCGUCAACAGGAUUUACCUCUUCGAGGAUUAGCUCGGGUAGUAGGCCUACUCUCGGCCUCCAUUCAGGCAAUCUACCCAGGCCCCCUUCACUACCGGGCCAUGCAACGCUUGAAAGCUCAAUUCCUCCGGUCCCAUCCAUCAUACGACCAGAGGGUCCCGAUCACUUCGGAGGUGAAAGAGGAACUCCGUUGGUGGCAAAACCACAUGUCGGCCUGGAACGGCAAAGCUAUUUUCGGUCCCGCCCCAGACUUCGUGGUGGAAUCAGAUGCAAGCCUCCAGGGUUGGGGCGCAACCUGUCAGACAACCUCCACCGGAGGACCAUGGACCACCUCAGAACACCUCCUCCACAUCAAUUGUCUGGAGUUAAUCGCAGGCUCAUUCGCUAUUCGCAGUUUGACCAAUCAUCUCUCAAACUGCUGUAUUCUCCUUCGGAUGGACAAUAUCUCUGCCGUCCAAUACAUCAACAAAUUGGGCGGGGCCAGAUCUCGCAUCCUCUCCGAAGUGACAAAAGACAUCUACGAGUUUUGCUUCCAACGCAACAUCACUCUUCGGGCAGAAUAUCUCCCAGGGGAGACGAAUAUUACCGCGGAUUGGUUCUCCCGACAUUGGAGAGAUGGCAGCGACUGGCGCCUACACAGAACGAUCUUUCUCCACAUCUCCAAACUCAGGGGUCCAUUUACCUUAGACCUUUUCGCCUCCCGGACGAACUUUCAAGUCCCACGGUUUUUCAGCUGGCUUCCAGACCCAGAAUGCUCGGCUGUGGACGCCUUCCUUCAGAGUUGGCCGACGACGGGAGCCUAUGCUUUUCCUCCGUUUGCGAUGAUUCCCAGAGUCCUCCUGCAGAUUCGCAGACAACAGAUCGCACUUAUUUUAAUUACCCCGCUCUGGCGGGGCCAAGCAUGGUUUCCGGAUCUUCUGGACCUCUCCUGCCAAGACCCUCUCCUUCUGCCUCCAUGGCCCAACCUCCUGGAGGACCCUCAAGGAAAUCCUCAUCCAAUGAUAACGCAAGGCCACCUCCACCUAGUGGCUUGGACUCUUUCAGGGGAACCUGGCACUUCGGAGGACUAUCGCAGAGAUCUAAGGAACUCCUCUGGGAUUCGUGGGCUCCUGGAACUAGAAGAUGCUAUCUCUCCUCCUGGAACACUUGGUGCAAUUGGUGCCUGGAACGGGAUACCGAUCCCCUUACGGCCCCUCGACAGUUCAUAUUGAAUUUUCUCUCUCAUCUUUUCGACCUAGGCCUUUCCUACAGAUCCAUCAACGUUUCCCGUUCAGCCAUCUCGGCUGCCCAUGUCCCUCUAGAAGGGGUUCCAGUGGGCCAGGACCACCUGGUUUGUAGACUAUUGCGGGGCAUCAAGCUGGCUCGCCCCCCUAAACCGAAAUACUCCCAUCUGUGGGACGUUAAUGUCAUAAUUCAUUUUCUCGAGACUUGGCCAAACAACGAGGAUCUAUCCCUCCGCCAACUCUCAGCCAAAUUCACCCUGUUACUUUGCCUAGUGUCCUUCCGAAGAGUUUCGGAUGUUCGGGCCUUUGACCAUGACGCUAUCAACUUUUCCCCAGAGGGUGUCACCUUUUCCGUGACCAGGCGGACAAAAUCAAACUCCUCUUCGAUCUUUUACCCUUAUUUCCCUAACCACCCGAAAUUGUGUGUGGUAUCUCUUCUUUCUCGUUAUUUAUCACUCACCUCACCUAUCCGUCCAACUUCCUCCAGCCAGCUGUUGGUCUCAUACGUCCGGCCUCAUAAUCCAGUGUCAACCACAACUCUUGCCCGAUGGGUUAGGUGGUUGCUAUCCCUAGCCGGGAUUGAAACCUCCUUUGGAGCCCACUCCAUCAGAGGAGCGGCAGCAUCGGGGGCAUUCAGCGCUGGAGCCUCACUUCGAGACAUACUUCACUCCGCAGACUGGUCCUGAGAACAGACGUUCCACAACUUCUAUUUUCGUCCGGCUGUGCACGCUUCCUUGGCCCUUCUCGGGGAGCGUUAAAACAGCAAAUACGAAGCCUCCUGUCAUGUUAUAAAAUUGUAGAUUAUGCUAGCUUUAGUGUACCUAUAAUCUUAAUUUUAUUAAUGACAGGAGGCGAGUAUUUCCCACCACUCCUACUUUCGUUUUUUCCCACCCUAGGGUCGCCCCUGUAGGUAAGUUUCUAAAACAAGAACGAACACACUAUGCCUUACUACCAUGGGGUUAGGAGUUAUUUUUAUAUGACAUAUAGAUUCACUUUUCUAGCGUGCUAUAAUGUAUGUUUCAUAUCAACUGGUUAUCAUAAUUUCAAAGUCCAAUUCACGGAUUAAUCCUUGGCUUCGACUCUGCUCUCUCGUUUCAGCAUAAAACUCCCUUAAGAGAUCCAGCCUAGUUGCUGCUCCAUCACAAGCUUCUCCUCUGCUCCUCACGUUCUCAAGUCUACGUUCCUGUCUCCCUCUCAAGCAUCACUCUUCAAGUCUGGCAUCCUGAAUCACUCAUCUAGUUUCCUUCAGUUCCGGUUCCUAUUUGUUCGCAGCCAGAAAGAGGAAAUGACAUCACUGGGAGGGACCUAUAUACCUUGUUAUUCCUUUUUUCUUAUUGGUUACCUUGUUACUAUGUGAAAAAGUGCUGCUGUGAAGCUUAAGUAAAGAAAGUCUUAAGCAAAUACUCGCCUCCUGUCAUUAAUAAAAUUAAGAUUAUAGGUACACUAAAGCUAGCAUAAUCUACAAUUGUCUGAGAGAUAAGACAUAAGAGAUAAGAUAUAUAAUUUUAUCUCUAACCCAUCUAAUUGGGAAUGAUUCCUGUAAAGCUUUGGAAAUCUUCUCAGAAACUGAGAUAUUGAGAACCUCAGACUUGGAAUGAUAUCAGGUAUUGCUAGCUAUUUCAUUAUGUUGAGUAUAGAUAUUUGGGGGUUAGUAACAAAAAAUAAUAAAUCGUCAGCAAUGGCCGAUAUUUUAUUGUGAUAAAAGUCUAAUUAUUUCUAAGUGAUAUCAUGAUUAUUACAUAUAUUGGAAAGAGGGGAUGUGUUCCCUUAGAUAGGGAUUUUGGUCAUGAAUAUGAACCAUUAACACUCACCCGAGUUGGUGGAUGAUAUAGAGAAUUUAUCCAGAUUGUCAUAACUGGACCAAAGCCCAUGGAUUAUAAGACAUAAAAUAGAAAGAAUCAAUUCACCCUGUAGAAUUCUUGCAGCAUCAGCUGACAGAAUCAACGCAGGGAUUCCCUUACUCCUAGAUUCAUUUAUCAAAUUCAGGACUUUUGUUGCAGCCUUCCUAUUCCAGAUAAAAUCAACGUGGUUUACCAAAAACAGAGUAGGUAAGGUUUCUUUAAUUCUCUCACUUAAGAUCUUUGCAAAGAUCUUAACAUCACAAUUAUGCAAAGAGAUAGUUCUUUAGCUGGUAGGGAUGAGCAGGGGGAAAAAAUUGUCUGCUUUGGCAAUUCGGACUAAUGGCAUUCGGUUCGGCACUUCGAACUACCAAACUUCGGCAAUUCAGCACUUCGGCAAUUCAGAACUUCGGCAAUUUAGAACUUUGGUAAUUCGGAACUUCAGCACUUCGGGCAUUCGCAAGCAUCCGAAUGUCCGAAUUGCAAGAAAAUAAUUGCACAUGUCUAGUAAGUGGUUGUGGUGGCAGUCAAGGCAAAGGGAGCCCUAUAGAUGUACAAGUGGUUGUGGUGGCAGUCCGGGCACUGAGAGCCCUAUAGAUGUGCAAGUGGUUGUGGUGGCAGUCUGGGCACUGGGAGCCCUAUAGAUGUGUAAGUGGUUGUGGUGGCAAUCUGGGCACUGGGAGCCCUACAGAUGUGUAAGUGGUUGUGGUUGAAAUCCUGGCACUGGGAGUGCUACUGAUGUCUAAGUGGUUGUGGUGGCAGUCUGGGCACUGGAAGCCCUAUAGAUGUGUAAGUGGUUGUGGUGGCAAUCCUGGCACUAGGAGCCCUAUAGAUGUGUAAGUGGUUGUGGUGGCAGUCCGGCCACUGGGAGCCCUACAGAUGUGGAAAUGAUUGUGGGGGGCAGUCCUGACACUGGGAGCCCUACAGAUGUGUAAGUGAUUGUGGGGGCAGUCCUGGCACUGGGAGCCCUACAGAUGUGUAAAUGGUUGUGGUGGCAGUCUGGGCACUGGGAGCCCUUCAGAUUUGUUAGUGGUUGUGGUGGCAGUCCUGGCACUGGGAGCCCCCUGCCCAUUAGAGUAAGUUACUGCCUGUAAGUUAGGAUAAUGUUUUUCAAAAUGUUCAUCAUUUGGAUGUAACGGGACCUGUUACCACCCCCCCCCACCCCCCUAUCUACUGGUUUAAUAAUAAUACUUUUGUUAUUCUGCAAUUCAUUCAAAGCAUUCAUUUCCUUUAAUAGAAAUUUACAUGGGGUUUGAAUUGUAAUGGAUUUACAUCCAUGUCUUGAGGUGUUUUAUAGGUCACUUUGACAAAUGAAUCGAUGAGUCUACAGUUUUUAAACUUUGGGGUAAAUGUACUUUUAGGUUUUAAUAUUGUGUAGGAUGUGUGUGUGUUUGGAUCAUCAAAGUCCAACAUUUCUACCUGAGGACAGAAAGAUAUAAGUAGACGAAACAGUAAAAAUCAUGUGAAUUGACAGUUUCCCUUUAAUAAAGAACAUCCCAAAUAUCCCAAAGUCUCUCUUUAUAUUUUACUCUUCACCUUUAAAUUCUGCAACUAACAUAUACUUUAACUUUUGAGCUACAAUUUUUGGCAUUCAAAUCUUUUCAGACACAUUCCAGCCAAUCAGCAGCAGACCCUCCCUCCCAGACCCUCCCACCUCCUGGACAGCAUCCAUUUUACAUUCAUUGUGAAGCUGCAUUCUUAGUGAUCUGUCCAGGAGGUGGGAGGGUCUGGGAGGGAGGGUCUGCUGCUGAUUGGCUGGAAUGUGUCUGCUGACUGUGAGGUACAGGGUCAAGGUUUACUCAAUGAUGAGUCCGUGGCGAACCCUUCGUGGCGAACCGUUCGCAAACCGUUCGGCGAACCGUUCGGCGAACCGUUCGGGACAUCACUAAUGGCUACACAAUAUCAUGUGUUUUUUUUACAAUGCCAAUUCUGAGUUUCAAAUAUUUUAUAAUAUACAUGGAUUAAAAAAAACAUGAAGUGAGAGAAGGUUAGAGGGCAAUUCACCCACUCACUCCUUUCCACUCUGAUGAAAAUAUCCAGUCUAUAGCAUCAGUGACUAUCCUUUAGUUAAAAAAAAAACAAAAACAAAAAAACUGUGCACUAGUAGCAGUGGGAGUCAUUUAAUUGGAAUGAGGAAUUUUUUUUUUACAUAGUUACAUAGUUAAAUAGGCUGAAACGAGACAUGUGUCCAUCACUGGCGGAUCCAGAGUCUUAUCUCGGGAGGGGCACUUAUAGAUUAUUUAAAGAAACAAUCCAGGCACAAUAACCACUGCGGACCGGGGAAGGAGAUCUCUUGGAUAGCACUGGCCCUGCAGGAGAGAGCUCUUGGGGGUUGGGCAAUUGCCUCGUUGCCCCCCUCCCCCUGGAUCUGCCACUGGUGUCCUUCAAGUUCAUCAAAUAUAAUGGUGGAACAUGUGAGUGGGUAUCAGACCUCGCUCCCACACUCACCUACCUCGCGCUCCCAUGCCGCAUCUCUCUCUCACUCCACUCUACCCACCAGGCCGCACGAUCGACUCAACCACCCACACCGACCGCUCACAUUCAUGUUAAUGGCCCCUCUGUUCAUGAGAAUGUCUCUAACCCAACACAGAAGGCAGAACACCAUGCGUACGAAUGCCACCUCGCUCCGUAUGAACGCCACCCACCAGUACUGUAUGUAGAACUCCGUUUGUACGGAUGGCGGCUCACGAACACAGCAAGAACAGGAGUCUGUUCGUGAGAAUGCUGUUGCUUCCACAUGUGAUCACACAGAAGGUAGAAUUUCAGGAGAAUCAAAAGGCAUGCGCGCACUGACACAGAGCCUUUUAAAUGUACAAGAGGUGGAGACCAGGGUGGAACCUCAAUUAACAAGACCACCCACUUUCCUUAUUUAAGUCGCACAACCAUUUAAACUAACUUUCCAGUCAUGCGUCUCAUCCCACCAUGUUUCUGUUAUGUCUUAUAUGUCAUUUGCUUAGUGCUUAGUGGAGCUAUUGCUUCUAGUUUCCCCAUGUUGUUAUUUAGGCUACUUGCAUUAGUAAGUAUAUAUUUAAUAUUAUCAUAAGUCACUGUAUUUGAUGAUCAUAGCCUCCCCCUAUCUCCACCCCCCUUGUACUGAGCUAAAACCUAUCUGCAUUCUGUCCUAGAAAAUACUUUGUUACUCUUUGAUAAGUCUUCACUUAGUGAGGAGUGGCUCUGAUGACCCUUAAAAAGUAGACAUUGCUGUUCUCUCCUUGUACUGAGGCUGAAUAUUACUGGUGGGGGUGGAGGCCCUCGACAUUGAUGAUGGUGGGUUUGCACUAUAUUUUGACAUGCUUAUUUGUUGCCUUAAAUAUCAUGAAGUAUUGUGCUCUGUCCUCAUUUGAACCUUCUGACUACUGACAUUUUGUAUUGUUAUUUUAAAAUCUUUUAUAAAUAAAGAUUUUUUAAAAAUCGUUACCUAUAUAAAAAUUGUCAAUAAAAUCUAAAACAAAUUUUAAAAGAAAACAAAUUUAGAAUUGAGACAUUUUUACAGUUAUUCUAAAGAUGUACUCCUCAAUAAUCGAAACCUGAGAAAUACAUUUAUGGUGUGCAGUGACUGGAAUAUAUUUUUUUAUAUGCCAUUUAUAUUUCAGAAGGAAUCUAUUCCACAACUCAGCAUGAGGUAUUUCUACCUUUAAGCAUCUACUUUCUAAAAAAUAAAAAAAAUUCUUUCUUUCUAGACAUAUGAUUUAGGUUUCAUCUCUCUAACUGGCGUAAAGCAACAUUGUCAUCAAUUUCUUUUACUAUCCUAAUAUAAACUGCGUUAUAGUAGUAAGCAUCUAAUUUUUUUUAAAUUAAUGUAUACUAAUAUUUAUGAAAAAAAAACAGUUUUUACUUUUCCCAUGCUCCCUUUCUGACACUCCACUUUUCGCACCUAGAGUCAAAUUGUCAGUUAUCCCAGCCAGUGUUUGCAGUCCAUUGCAUUUCAAAAUUGUCUGACAGAAAAUUCUUCAGGCAAAAAAUAAUAAAAAUUAUAAAUUUUCUAAACAUUUACAAGUAAUUAAUUUGUUUUUAAUUCAUUACAUUCUACUUCCACAACUACUUCUACUUCUACAUUUCUUUUAUUAAGACAGUAAUUUGCUUCAUACAUCCAUGUGCAUUUUAGUACAACAUAAAAAAGAGUUGACCAAAGAAGACUGGUAGCUCUGUUGAUUGGAGUCAUUUAAGGUCAAUUGAAGUCAAAUAUGUUCGGGAUGUUGCAUCAUUUGAAGUUUCAAACUGGUGUAAUAAGCAAGAUUGCAUCAAGAUUGAAUCACCAUUCAGGCAAUUUCAUGUAAUUCUGAGGCUUUAAGGUGACAGUAGUACAUUUCUUUGGAAGUGUACUAUUAUCUGUUUUUUUUUAACUAAUAUUUUAGUGGUAAUUCAUUUAAAAUGACAGAGGUAAACAUAGUAUAAUCAAGUGAGGGAUAAUAGUAAAGAUAUAGUACAACACCUUAUCUGUCUUUUUGUUUAGUGUUUACAUGCAAUUCGCAUAAAAGGUAAUGAAUUGAGUUUUAAAGGCUGUGACUCAUAAUCACACAUUGGCAAUAGAAAAGAAAUCUUAAUGACUAAUCCAUAAAGUUGGAUCAUGACUUAUAAGUAUUUAGCAUAUUUUUUUCAACAGCAGAGAAUGCCCAAUUAUAUUAUUUUGGUAAUUGUUUAUAAAACAUUACUUGUCUUGAAACCUUUUGGUAAUCCCAACUGAAUAUAGAUUACACUUAUAGCAAACCGAUUGAGUACAGUGGAUUCUUGAUUUUUGAAAUGUGUAUUCUUUGUUACACGUUUUUGUAAUGAAUCUGUCUCACAAUUUAUGCAGGAAACAAGUGGCCUUUACUCUACAUGAAUCAGAAAAACAUUAAAAAAAAAUUCUUCCUUGCAUCAACUACUGCAGGACAUGUUAGUCUACAAUUACAUUUGUCUGGGUAAUGAAUAAAAAUACUUAUUAGCUACUUCUAGAUUCUAUGGGAUGUAUUUUUCUUAUAAUAAAUAAGAAACAAUUAAGUAAAGUUUGAUGUUUAAGAUUUAAUAUAUGUUUUUGUUGAUAUAAGGUUUGUUCAUGUAUGUAUGCGUAAAACUAUUAUUUUUGUGCUAAAGAAUUAGUUGAGUUUUAAGAUUUAUAUUUUAUUAUAAGUUUUUAUUUUUGAAAAAACUAGAUUUCCUAAAAGUAUUUUUUUUCUUUUUUUUUUUUACAUUUAUUGUUUAAUAUAAUGAGAAGGUAAUUUCAGGUCAGUUAACAAUGAAAACACAUUUUAUGCAUUCAGUUUUAUAUAUAUAUAUAUAUAUAUAUAUAUAUAUAUAUAUAUAUAUCACAAGGUACUGGUAGAGAAAAAAACAUUUUGGUGUAGCAGAAAAUAGUUUCCUAAAUAUGCCACAUAUAAAACAAUUUCUAGACCUACAGUUCUUGAAGGGCCCACAGCAAAUUGUUUUGUAGUUACAAGCCAGGCAAUAUGCAUUACAAAUAUGUGGAUCACAUUCUUUUUUAUCAGCUUGUUAAAACCAAAAGAGAAUCUAUGAUUUUUUGCUGCUAAAUGGUUAACAUUCUUUUUUAUCAGCUUGUUAAAACCAAAAGAGAAUCUAUGAUUUUUUAAAAGUGAUUUGUUGAACUAAAAUGAUGGGGUCAGUGACCAUGCAUUACAGCCACUUGCUUCUGUUGUCUCCUUUGAGACCUCUUGACUCUACAUUUGGCUUUUUCUUCCUUCUUUUUCAAGAUUUUCAUAUAAUCUUGUUAUCCCUCUCAUCUUUUUGUAGGUAUUUAUCAAACUUUAUCUUUCUAUCAUAAAAUGCUAUUUUCUCUGUCUUCCACUCACUUUCUUUACCUCUUUUUUAUUAUUUCAGUCUGUCUGCAUUUUCUCAUCUUUUCCCUUUCAACAGUCUUUUUUUACCAUCUUUCUCUGUGAGUUUCAUAUUCUAUUCCCUCUGUUUUCCCUCUCUCUUGUUUGUUCUUUGAGUCAUUGUCUCAGUAAAUUCUUUGUUCUUUGUGAUGAGCCUAAAUGUUUUUUUUCUAUUCCAUGUUUUUCAUUCUUUCUGUUUCUUUUUCAGUUUUUUUUCUCCAUUUUCUUGUUAUCCCUAAGUAUUACUUCCAUCCUUACCUACCUUUCUGUGUCUGUUUGGCUGUUGUUGUUUUUUAAAUAUCUCCAGCACUGUCCUUCAGUCAGUCAGGCCGUUUUUUGUCAUAUUUCUGCUCUCUUUGGAAUUGUAUGGUCAUAUUGUAUAAUUGGUGCAUGUUGAAAUAUAAGUCAGAUUGAACAAAUUGAAUAUAAAUUUGAUACAUGCAUGUAUUCAAGGGCAGAUAUAGACAUAUACUCAAUUAAAAAAAUAUUUUGCUGGUUGCAAUAGAUAGACAGAUGGACAUAGAUAGAUAGAUAGAUAGAUAGAUGGUUAGAUAGACAGACAGACAGACACUUUAUCCAACCUCAUGCAGGGAUUAUACUACCUAAGUGUAUUGUGUUGUAUUUGAAAACUACAUUACCCAAAAAAGUACUCUGUAAUUGUCUUCCACACUGACUGAAUCUAUGUAAACUUCAUUGAAGAGUGAAGCUUGCACUGGGCUAUUGUAGUACUCAUAUUCUUAUUUCUUGUUUUUGUGUUGUUUUUUUGUAUUUCUUUGUUUAUAAAUUAUUCUCAUUUUAGUAUAGAUUAUUAGCACAUAAACCCCAUGUAUAUUUUCUAAUAAUAAUAUUGUUACAUUUUUUGUGGCAUACUUACCUUAUACAUGUCCAAUAAUUCUAAGGAGAGUUAUUAUAAUUGUAUCUGGAAGCUCUUAUGUAAGAACCAAGUAGAUCAUUUUGUAGUCAUCUGUAUUCUGUUUUGACAGGCAAUAGUUUUUAAAAGAAAUGGAUACUGUUUCAGAUGGAUUAAAAUAAAAUAUGAAGUGCACUCUUAAGAGGCUUAAUCUUUGUGUAAAAGAAAAACCUAUCCCACACGAUUUUCUAUUUGUCUAAUGCAUCUAUCUCUGUUCUGAGAAAUUACUAUAAAUAAAAUGGUCCUAUUUUUAUGUUGGUAUAAGUGUAAAAGAUGUCAUGCCUAAUAUUUAAUCAAAACAGAUGAUAGGGCUACCUCUGGCAUUACAUAUUUCUCAUCAUCACUAGUGCUAAUUAAUAAGCAGAUAUUAUUGGGGACCAGUGCAGUAAUCAUUGUGUGUGUGUGAGUUUGUUUGCGCCUAUGUAUGAGUAGGUGUUCACGUGCAUAUGGAAAAAGGCAACAACUGAUAUUCAGGACUUUAUUGAAAAACACAAAUAGCGUAAAAGCUCAGAGGAAACAUAAUAUUAUGAUUUACUAUGAGAUUUUUUUAUUUAUUGUAAGAAAUAAGCUGUCUUAAAAUUGAUGUGUAGUGUCAGACAGAAGAUCCUCUGCAGGUUUCAGCUUCAAGAGCUUCCACAAGGGACAGGCUGAUAAUGACUCAGACAAACGCAUCUCUAGAAAAAUGUGCACUGCUCCAAAUCUGUCAAUUUAAGACCAACUCAAAAGCAGAAUAAAGGAUGUCAAAUUUGCAAAUCAUGGCUGAGGUGAUGUAGUUUACAAGCUGAAUAUCUUAUUUGUGCUAUUCCUCAAAGAGAAAGGUUUAAUGGUUUAAUUCACAGUACAUAUCCAGUUCUUGCAUUGAUACAAUUUAUGGGAGAUAAUAGCCAAAAUUAUAUUUAUCUUAUUUUAGCCUUUAUCAGUUGUUUACUUUGGUAGACACAUUUUUUAAUAAAGCAUUACUAUUCCUGUCUUAAAGAAUUCCAAUCUUAGUGUUGUUAUCAGUGCUUUAACAGAUCCAUUCAGGUUUGACAUUCCUCAUAUGAUUUUAUAAAUUUCUCUUUAACGCCUACUGAUUGCUUAGGACAAUACCAAAAAAAUAUCUAAUUGUCGCAAGAUUUUCCAUGGAAUGAAAUAAACCCUGUGGAUGCAGGGAGUUCAAUGGAUUUAUAUGCUAUCUAAGAUCACAAUUGAAGGAAUGCAAGCUGGAGAUUAGUAACAGCUGCAGACCCUGGGGUUAUGUACUACUUUUUUAUCACAUUUUAUAUACUUUCUAACUGCUUUAAAGUAGUGGAGCACCAGUAGUUGCUAUCUGGUUACAGGGCUGAUAGGAACUGAAUCCAAGAGAACAAAAAUACUCAAUUGGAAAGGGUUACUUGAGUAACUUUAAAUUGUUAGAAAUUCAUAUGUGAAUUUCAUAUUUUAGGCCAAAAAAGCCAAUACAACAACCAAGGCUAACCGAAUGCAAAAUCAAAGGAUACAGGCAUAUAGAUUUCACACAGAGUGAUAUGAUAUAAACAAAAAGGAGGGGGUUGGCUGUCCCUACCAUGAUAGUUGAACAAGAUUGUGGUCCAGGCACUCAAGGAUCAGUUAAAUAACAGAUUUAUUUGAUCUCCAAGCUUGAGAAAGGUCUCUUGGCGAUCGAAACGUUGCACUUUUUAAAAUAAGCCUCUUGUUUAACUGAUCCUUGUGUGCCUGGACCACAAUUUUGUUCAACAGAGUGACAAUGUCAGUUUAAUUCUCUGACUCUUAUAUAUCUAGUCUAUAUCAGACUGCUAUAAUCUGCCAUAAAUUACCUCUUAUGAAGAUUGCAAAAUCUAUAUUCCGCACAUUAUCAUCUGCAAUUAACUUGAGAAGUAUAUUGGUUGAAAUGGAGCAGGAUGACCAAAUUAAGGUAAUAGAUGAAAUCAUACAGUUUCCAUUAUUUUCUGGUAAUAAAGGUAUUUGUCACCUUAAUGACUCUUGAUGAAAAAUAUACCCAAAAUCAAAGGACAUGCUUAGAGUAAAUGAAUUUAUUUUUUGCAGUAGAUGCAUAGUAGUUCCCUUCUAUAGUAUACUUUUUCAUCCUCUGAUAAACAGGUCUCACCUAACUUCAAAAAUUCUAAAAUGGCAAUGGAAUUUGAGGAUUAGUGUAUUAAGAAGCUAAUUGAGUUUAAAGUUUCCAUGGUUACUUUCACAUAUGAUGGCUCUUCUGGAGCCUCACAUCUAUGUUGGUAACAUGGGUGAUAAUUUCUCAAAAUUUGAGGGAAACUCUUGAAGGAAAAUUUGGAGAAGGCUUUCUCAGGUCAUCUCAGAGGCAAAUGUCCUGAAUUAAUCUGGUAUAAUCACAUAAAAUGUUUUUUUACUAAGCUUAAUAUCUGCCUCUGGUUAGCAUGAAUCACUGAUAUUCAUAAAUUAUGUAAUUGUUGUGCUACCAAAAUAAAGCUCUGUGAAAUAUGUUGCACUAUAUAUAAUUCAUUGUAAUUGGCUGGGCUGGUGCAAGGUAACGAUGCAUUUUGGCAUCCCCCCAAAAAGAGAAAUGCAUCUUCACCUGUUGUCUCAGUUAAACCCCCUUUUUAAUUUCUUGCAUCUCUUUUGUAUUUCACAUACCCUGUUUUGAAUAUCUUUUAGUGUAUCGUAUCCUCUAUUUUUCUCAUUUGUGCAUCUUACAGCCCCCUUGUGUUUCUUUUUCUCCCCUCCUCUAGCCCCUCUAUGUGUAUCUUCCCCCACAGCCCUAUGUGCAUCCUCUCUUCUUACCCCUCAACCCCUUUGUGCAUCCUGUCUUCUUCCCCCAGCCCUUUUUGUGUGCCUCUUACUACUCUGUCCCCUUAUGUGUGUCUCUUCCCCAGUCCCUUUUGUGUAUUUUCUUCUUCCUUUCCACAGCCCCACUGUGUCUCAUUCUCCUCCCACCCCUUUAUGUGUCUCUUCCCCAUGCCCCUUUGUGUGUCACUUUCUCCCUUUCCCUUCUGGCCCUUGUAAUUGGUUAUCAAAAUCACAAAACUAGUCAGUUAGACUGUUGGUGAAGAACAUCACCUUUAUUAUAUGGAAAGGAUAGGCUUUGGGCAUAAGUUCAAAGUGUUUAAGCCCUUAGAACUUCUCGGGGUUACCACCAAAUAGUUGGGUUGAUGAUACCAUUCAAAGGGGUCUUUCCGUAAGGUCAGUGCAGAUGAUUUUAUAUCCCUGUUUGUAUAUAAUAAAAAAGAAUGGAAAGGAUAUCUUUAUGGUUUCUGAAUUUAAUAAAGUUGGAAAACGUCCUAGAGGGCCUUGUUAUAUACUUGAUUACAAGAAAGGUGUAGCAUAAACAUAAAGAAGCAGAUAUUAGGGAAUCCAGAAGUCAUAGAAAUCAAAAGACAAGUAAAUAGGUCAGUAAAGGCAGCAAACAGAGAGUAAUGAGAAGCCAAUGUCAGGAACUGAACAAACAAUAAAUCAAUCAAUACAAGAUAAUCAGGAACACAAGUGAAUGUUCUUCAUGAGAAGAAACCAAAGGGCAAUGAGGUGAAUAAAGCAAAAGUUUCCAUGGGCCUUUUCAAGGUGAAGUAAAUUAAGACAAUGUGUAAUUAAUAAAGGUAUUAGUCUUGUAAAAAAAACAGUUUGUACAGUAGAUAUAAUAUAAUUUAUGUCUACCAACCUGCACUCAGCCAUAGUCACCACAAUUAUAUUUUAUUGAGGUAUAAUUCACUUGAAGGGUAUGUAUCAUGGAACUGUUUUGGGCAGGAGCCUCAUGUGUGGUUGGUAAAAUUAUGACUUUCAUGGAAAUCCCGAACCCCUGAACCGAUCUGGGUGAUUUUUGGAUAUGUUGGUGGCCCAGAUCUGGGCUAUCAGGAGAUACUUUUGUGGGUUUCCAUGUGUUUUGGGGGCACUUUCAGGGUGUUGUUGUAGAGUUUUACGUAAAUGAUAUUAAUUAUAUCAUUAGCUUUUUAAUUCCACACACAUUAAAACGAUGUUAACUGCAAUGCUAAUGCAUAAUGAGCAUUUCAUUAUUUUGAUUGCUAUGCACUGGAGUCCACAAUUUCUCCAAACUACAAAGUUAAAAGAUUUUCUUGUUAACAUCAAUAUACUAAAUACAUAUGUUUUAUAAUAUAUACUAUAUUUUUGAAUCUUAAAAUUAGGUUUUUGUCUUCCUUCUUUAAAAUCCCUGCUUCUUCUACCUCUUGUAACAAGAGCAAUAGAAGUAGUUAUCUUGCAUGUUGAUUCUCAGUCUUUUUAACGCCUCAAGGGCCAAUAAAGGAUGUUUUUAACCAGCCGUUAAAGUUGCAACAUCAAACUGGAAUGCAGUAUUUAACAAAGACAGAGCUGCAUAGAACUGCAGAUAAAAAAAUAAGCAGAACAUUCCAUACUUUCACAAGGGCUUUACAUAGCAGACUGUGAUCCAUGUGUUUUUAAAAUGUGCUCUUUAAGUGGUUUAGUAAACAGAAUAAAGGCCAUCGUCAAGGUAUCACUCUAUACUAUGAAACAGGUAAGAAAAUGUUCUUGUUACUUAGGAACCAGUUAGCUGAAGAAUUUAUAGAUUUAUAAAGAAGACUUGAGACAAUAUUUUUUUCCAUAUUCAGCUACUAUAAGAGAAUAAUUAUUUUGGGGGAUUUAUGUAUCCUGUUUUCUUCUAAAUCUUGUAAUGACUAUUUCUCCGAUGUGUUUUUCUGUUUCAAUAAGCACAGUGAUAAUUGAAAUUUAGUUUCUCUUUUUUUCACUGCUGUUUCAGCUUUUAACCCCUUAAGGACCAAACUUCUGGAAUAAAAUGGAAUUAUGACAUGUCACACAUGUCAUGUGUCCUUAAGGGGUUAAUUGCUAGCUUACAUAAAAUGGAUGUUAUAUGAAAUACUGCAUCUUUGUAGAGUAAUUAACAUGUAACUUUCUAGAUCAUAAAAACAACUAUAGAAAAGAGAGCACAAAUAAAUAACUGAUAUUUUGCCAAUUAAGAUGUGUAGUGUGGCUGAAUUUGCAUCACUUUUAAAUAGACAAAAUUAAAUAGAAACAUAGAAACAUAGAUUGUGACGGCAGAUAAGAACCAUUCGGCCCAUCUAGUCUGCCCAAUUUUCUAAAUACUUUCAUUAGUCCCUAGUCUUAUCUUAUAGUUAGGAUAGCCUUAUGCCUAUCCCACGCAUGCUUAAACUCCUUACUGUGUUAACCUCUCCCUAUACAACCAAGCAUUCUGCUAGCAUUUCCUGCUGCUCUAUUACAUUGUCUGCCUACCUUUAAGUCAUCAGAAAUAAUCACCCCUAAAUCCCUUUCCUCAUAUGUUGAGGUUAGGACUCUAUCAAAUAUUCUGUACUCUGCCCUUGGGUUUUUACGUCCAAGAUGCAUUAUCUUGCACUUAUCCACAUUAAAUGUCAGUUGCCACAAUUCUGACCAUUUUUCUAGUUUACCUAAAUCAUUUGUCAUUUGGCUUAUCCCUCCUGGAACAUCAACCCUGUUACAUAUCUGUAAUGGUAAAUUAAGUAUAUGAAUAUGAAUAUGAAAUAAUACCACAAAUAAAAUAAUAAAAGAUAUACUGGUCAAUCACAUAAAUAUUAGUGAAUAUCUUGAAUGAACAGACAAGAGGCAAAGUUUUGAUGAAAGUAUAAACAAAACUUUACUGGGAAUACAAUUAUCAAGCACACAAAAAAACAAAUACUUUAAAAACAUACACUGCUAUAAACAAUACAUUCAGGUAAGAAAUCUACUUAGCUCUAUCCAUGGAGAUUCAGCAGCUUACACAGGAUAAUUGAAUCAGCAUAACACACCGAACAAUGAGGUGAGUUCCUUGCCACAUGUUAAAUGGAUUUACAUGGGCACCUCUAAAGACACCUGGCUUCUUCCAACCCAGUCAUGAAACUGAAACUCUAGUUUCAGGAAACCCCUUGAAUAACCUCCCAUCUACUAUCCACCCACAGAGGUAACAUAACCAAUACCUAAUGGUCAUCUCUAGGAGGCUGAUACUACAUGUGGUCCUUUGCGAAAGGAAGUGACUUAAGAAUUCUCAAUACCUUCCUAAAGCACAUGUCUCAUUGACUAUGCGGCAGCCAUCUUUAUUCACUCGACGUCACAGUGCUCACUAGGCCACCUAUAGGUCACUUCCUCCCUAAAGCACAUGUCUCAUUAAAUAUGCAGCAGCCAUCUUCUUGCUCUUAAUGUCACAUAGCUCACUACACCCCCUAUAGGUAUCAUAAGUUAUUGCACAUGAAUGGGAACACAAUAAUAGAACAUUUAUCAUUGCCCAUAACCAAUACAAUAUCUUAGUAUCAUCAGCAAAAAGACAUACCUUACCAUCAAGACCUUCUGCAAUAUCACUAAUAAAAAUAUUAAAGAGAAUGGGUCCAAGUAUAGAUCCCUGAGGUACCCCACUGGUGACAAGUCCAAGCUUCGAAUAUAUUCCAUUAACUACAACCCUCUGUUGCCUGUCACUCAGCCACUGCCUUACCCAUUCAACAAUAUUUGAAUCCAAACUUAAAGAUUGCAGUUUAUUGAUAAGCCUUCUAUGUGCAACAGUGUCAAAAGCCUUACUGAAAUCUAGGUAAGCAAUGUCUACUGCACCACCCUGAUCUAUAAUUUUAGUUACCCAAUCCAAAAAAAUCAAUAAGAUUAGUUUGGCAUGAUCUCCCUGAAGUAAACCCAUGUUGUCUCUGAUCUUGAAAUCCAUGUGUUUUUAGAUGUUCAUCAAUCCUAUCCUUUAACAUGGUUUCCAUCACUUUCCCCACUACUGAAGUAAGGCUUACUGGCCUAUAGUUGCCCGACUCCUCCCUAUUACCUUUCUUGUAAAUGGGCACAACAUUCGCUAACUUCCAAUCUUCUGGGACUACUCCUGUUAACAAUGAUUGGUUAAAUAAAUCUGUUAAUGGUUUUGCUAGUACACCACUAAGCUCUUUUAAUAUCUUUGGGUGUAUUCCAUCAGGUCCCAUUGACUUAUUUGUCUUUACUUUUGACAGUUGAAAUAGAACCUCUUCCUCUGUAAACUCACGUGUAAUAAAUGACUCAUUUAUCCUUUUUCUCAACUGAGGUCCCUUUCCUUCAUUUUCAUCUGUAAAUACAGAACAAAAAUAUUCAUUGAGGCAGUCAGCUAGACCUUUAUCCUCUUCUACAUACCUUCCUUCUUUUGUUUUUAAUCUAACUAAUCAUUGUUUUACUUUUCUUUUCUCAUUUAUGUAUCUAAAAAAUGUUUUAUCCCCCUUUUUUACUGACUGUGCUAUUUUCUCUUGUGUGAUUUGGAAGCUCUUAUAACUUGCUUAGCCUCUUUCUGCCUAAUCUUAUAGAUCAUUUUGUCUUCCUCACUCUGGUUUUUUUUUAUAAUUCCUAAACCCUAACUUUUUGUUUUUAACUAUUUUGGCCACAUCUGCGGAGUACCACAGUGGUUUCUUGAAUUUUUUGCUUUUACUGACAAGCCUAAUGCAAUUUUCUGUUGCCUUCAAUAGUGCAACUUUUAAAUAAUCCCAUUUCUCUUGGACUCCAUUUAAAUUGCUCCAGUCUGAUAAUGACUCCUCUACCCAUAUUCUAAUUUUAGAAAAGUCUGUUUUUCUAAAGUCUAAAACUUUUGUUUUUGUGUGGUGUGACUCAGUCACUGUUCUUAUAUUAAACCACACUGACUGAUGAUCACUGGAUCCUAAACUUUCACCUACAGUAAUAUCUGAUACCAAAUCUCCAUUUGUUAACACUAAAUCUAGUAUGGCCUCUUUACAAGUUGGCUCCUCAACAACUUGUUUUAGAGACAAUCCCAGUAGGGAGUUUAGAAUAUGUGUGCUCCUGGCACAAGUAGCUAAUUUUGUUUUCCAAUUUACAUCAGGAAGAUUAAAGUCACCCAUGAUGAUAACUUCCCCCCUCAUUGUCAUUUUAGCUAUUUCCUCAACUAGUAGAUUAUCUAACUGUUCAAUUUGUCCUAGGGGCCUAUAAAUCACACCUACAUGAGUUACUGUGUGAUUACCAAAUUAUAACGUAGCCCAAACGGACUCUAUGUUUGCCUCACUAACUUUUAUUAGGCUAGAUUUUAUGCUAUCCUUCACAUACAAGGCCACCCCUCCCCCUUUCUUGCCUUCCCUAUUUUUCCUAUAUAAAGAGUACCCUGGUAUUGCUAUGUCCCAGUAAUUAUUCUCAUUGUACCAUGUCUCAGUAACAGCGACUAAAUCUACACUAUCAGUUGCCAUUAUUGCCACAAGUUCAUGGAUCUUAUUUCCUAAACUGCAAGCAUUUGUAGACAUGACUCUAAGCUUAUCAUUUUUUAACACACUUGCUACAGGCACCUUCUGUCCUUGUUUUGGGGGACAAUUGGAUUGAUGUUUUAUCACCCUUUUGCCCCCCCCUCCUAGUUUAAAUACAUCCUAGCAAAACCUCUGAACUGCUCACUGAGAACAUUUGUUCCCUUUUGAGAAAGAUGCAAACCAUCUUUUUUGUACAGCUUAUCUCCAUUCCAAACAGAGCUACCAUGAGAAAUAAAGCCAAAUCCUUGCUCCCGACACCAUUCACCAAGCCACAAAUUAAAGUCCCUAAUACGCAUCCGCCUGUCAUUCUGAGUGUUAUGCACAGGCAGAACUUCAGAGAAUGACAGUGUGGAAGCAACCUGCCGUAUAUCAUUGGCAAAAACACUAAAAACUUCCUUAACCUCUGAAACCUCAUUGCAAGCCAAGUCAUUUGUCCCUAGAUGGACAAGUACAUCCAAUUCCCCUUCCUGCUUUGCUUGCUUAACAAUAUUACAGAUAUGUCUCCUGUCUCUGUGAGCAGUAGCUCCGGGAAGACACCUCACAAGACCACCAUUGUCCAUCUCCACACCUCUUAUAAUGGAAUCCCCCAACAACAACUGCUUUCUAUUAGGCCUCACCAUAGUCUCCAAGCCGGUCUACACAACACCACUAGUCUCAGUGCCUCUCUCCACAACACCACUAGCCUCAGUGCCUCUCUCCACAACACCACUAGCUUCAUUGCCUCUCUCCACAACACCACUAGCUUCAUUGCCUCUCUCCACAACACCACUAGCCUCAGUGCCUCUCUCCACAAUACCACUAGUCUUAGUGCCUCUCUCCACAACACCACUAGCCUCAGUGCCUCUCUCCACACACCACUAGCCUCAGUGCCUCUCUCCACAACACCAUUACACUCUGAAAGUGCAGAAAAUGAAUUAUGAAGAGCAACAGACUGUGCAAAAUGCCUUUUAUCCACAACUCUAAGUCUACCAGAUCCUACAGUAAUCCAUCUGCCUUUCCUAGUAUGUCUCUGCGGCAGUGGCUUUGCAGCAGUUCCAGUCUGCGUUUGUUCACCAGAUAAUUUACAAAUCUCAGACUUCAAAAAUACAAUCUCCUGCCGCAAGAUACAGAACUGUCUACAGAUUAGACAACAACCAAACCUCCAAAAAGUGGAACGUGAAACAAAUGCAUAGCAAUUGUUAAACUGAACUAAGUCUGCCAUUCCAAUUGGGAGAAUAAUUUAAAUCUAACAAAUCUUAACUUUGUAUUUAUCCUCCUGAAUACCUCAGAUUACCUCCAGUUUAUCUCCAGAAUAUCUCCAACUACACACUUAGAAACAGCACUUAGAAGUAGCACCAAGCUAAUGACAACAAGCCUUAUAUAACUCCUAAAAUCACCACCCACUAGGAAUGUUUAACACCUGGGUAGGCCUCUGUUUAUUUGCAAACAAUAGCUAAUUAACCAGCAAUCAAUAGCAAGUAACUAGCUUAAUCAAAUCAAAUGCCUUAUAAUUACCAACAGGAAUUCAAACCUUGUGCAAUCAGUAACCUUUUCCUACAGAUGAAUCUUACCUGUAACAGUAGAAAAGAAAGCUCUUAGCACAACUCUUAGACAGUUGAAGCUUCUGUAAAACUCUCCAGAAUAUCUCCAACUACACACUUUGAAACAGCACUUAGAAGUAGCACCAAGCUAUAUUAGACAAGCUAAUGACAACAAGCCUUAUAUAACUCCUACAAUCACCACCCACUAGGAAUGUUUAAAUAAAUACCACAAGCAUGUAAUAUAUACCAGCUGCUAAAACACAAAAAUAAUUUUCCCAAAAUUAUCAAAUAACAAUGCAAUCCACUGUGUUAGCACUUAGUAUACAUGUCCCUAUGAGAUGUUCUCAGGGAAUAUAAAAUAAAACAGUUCCAUAGGAUUGGAAAUCCUUAUUGAAAGUCUAUAGAUUCCAGGAAAAUAAAACAUAAAAUAUAUAAUGUUAAUAAAGAUAAAAAAUAGAAAAAUAAUUGUAAGAAUAGUAGAGGUAGUUAUAGUCACAAUGGGGAAUAAUUAAGGUCUGUGUCCACUUCAAUAUUGAACCACGUAAUGUGUUGGAUGUACAAAAUAAAAAUAUGGUACUCAUCUCUAAGGACCACUCUAUCAGCUUGGUAAGUAAUAAGUAAUAUCGUAAGCCAGAUAUGCAGAAGGGAUACCCGAUCCUCCAGAGGAGACAGCGUCUGCCUCGUGCACUGAAGCAGACGUCUACGUUCUGAACUCAGAGGAAUGCUGAAGGUAAGUCCCGUUGAAUGCUGGUGCCUUGUGUAUCGUUACCAGUUGCUGUGUAUAAUGGCUGGCACCUUCAACGCCUUUUGCCCUUCUCAUGAGGGCUUUCUCGAGAUAGGUGCCGCUGCCUUGCAGUUAUACACUCUGUCUGUCAAGCGGCAUAGAUUUUAUCUUAAGGUUGUACACUCUUACUGAGUUUUUACCUUAGCUUAGUGUCAAAUUUAUAUUUUAUAGCUGAACUAUCAAUUUUAAGAUAUAAAUAAGAAUACAAUUUUCAUAAAUGACAAUAAAAAUAGCAUAAGCAUUAUCGCGUAAAACAGUGAAACAGUAAAAUCAUUAUGCAAUCAAUACAUUGCACAGCAGACUUUAAAAGCAAUCAGACUUUAGAAACAAUCUUGUCCAUUAUAGUGUCUCUUUUUUCAUAAAGAUAUCUCUUUUGAAAAAUAGCAUUCCACUUGUAGAAGAUUAUCUCAUUGUAAAAUAGUAUCCUUGGGACUUCUCGUGUGUUCAAACAAUAUGAUCCAGGCAACCUUAAUUUGCUGCAGGUUGGAAACGAAUAUUUAUGAGAAGAGAGAUAUCCAACACAAAAAUAGGAUACUUGAUGUAAAGAAUACUGCUCGAUACAUACUCAGUGUGGAAAAGAUGCUUAAUAUAAAAAGGAUAGAUGCUUAAUAUAAAAAGAAAGUGGAAAGUAUAGACCCUCCCCUCCACACUUUUAAACAAUAAAAAUGGGAAGACAUCAAAUUGUCAACCACUAGGUAAAUCUACGAGUGAUCUAUGUCCUCUAGUGCUUAAUUACAGUGCACAAACUCAUCUUUUAAAAAGGAGCAUUUACAAACAUUGGCAUUUGCUACGACAGGACCCAAUACGUGCCCCCCAUCUACCCAUGAAACCGAGGGUGAUCUUUAGGGGAGCACCCACACUGAGGAAUAAAUUAGUGCACAGUUAUAAGAACCCCACUGUAGGCGAGCACUUUUUAAAUACAGGUAAAGGAUACUUCAGGUGUGGAAAUUGUAAUGUAUGCAAACUGACGGGCUCCAAACAUAAGAAAAUAACUACAUUUCAGUCUUCAGUAACAGGACAGAUGUUUAAAAUUAAGGAGUCUAUUACAUGCAAUACAAAGCAAGUGAUCUACAUGUUGGGGUGCCCGUGUGGCCUCCUAUAUGUGGGUCAAACUAAAAGAAUGUUUAAAAUCAGAUUGAGAGAACCCUCUUCUACAAUAUCAAAAGAGGGUUUGAUGAACAUUCUUUAUCAUACCACUUUAAAAUGUACCACAACAGUGAUCAAACUUUACUCACAUAUUGUGGCAUUCAGCAAGUAGGUGUACCAUGGAGAGGGGGGAAUUAAGUAAGAACCUAACGUACCAAGAGAUGUAUUGGAUUUUUAACUUAAAAACUUUAGCCCCUUCAAGAUUAAAUGCAGAGUUAGAAUUGGCAAAUAUAGUGUAAGAGUAGUUAUCUGGAAGUCUCCACUCAAGAUAGACACUAUUCUAUUUAGUUCUCACAUUUUAUAGGCAUAUGGGGCAUACCUCAGUUAGAAUAGAUUUACUUUAUCACUAAGUCGAUUAAUUUUAGCUUCAGCCGGACAUUACACACAGCAACUGGUAACGAUACACGAGGCUCCAGCAUCCAGCGGGACUUACCUUCAGCGUUGCUCCGAGUUCAGAAUGUAGACUGUCUGCUUUAGUGCACGAGGCAAACGCUGUCUCCUCUGGAGGAUCGAGUAUCCCUUCUGCAUAUCUGGCUUAGGAUAUUACUUACCAAGCUGAUAAAGUGGUCCUUAGAGAAAAGUACCACAUUUUUAUUUUGUACAUACAACACAUUACAUGGUUCAACAUUGAAAUGGACACAGAUUUUGAUUAUUCCCCUUUGUGACUAUAACUACCUCUACUAUUCUUACAAUUAUUUUUAUAUUUUUUAUCUUUAUUAACAUUAUAUAUUUUAUGUUUUAUUUUCCUGGAAUCUAUAGACUUUCAAUAAGGACUUCCAAUCUUAUGGAACUGUUUUAUGUUAUAUUCCCCCAGAACAUCUCAUAGGGACACAUCUACUAAGCUAUUUCUAGAUCAUGUUCUGCUAAAUACUAUAGUAAAUAAACAUAUAAAUACACAUAGAGUAUAUUUGUAUUAUAAAAACAAUGUAAUAAUAGCAGAAAAGUAACUGGUAUAAGACUAAGAAUUUGAUGUGAGAGUUUUCAGAGUUAUUCACUAAACCCAUGAAUUUAUUGUCAGGAAUUCACCAGGGAAUUGCAAAGUUAAGACCAAAAUAGCCUAACUGUACACAUUGCUAACUUGGAGAAUUCUUACCAUUCAGCUAUUUCUGCCAGCAAUGUACAAUGCCCUGAUGAGAUCAUAACAAUUUCAUGAUUUAAUGAAUAACUCUGCCUGUCUAGAUAUUUCUUGCAUGUACAUUACAUCAGAUUCAACACCCAGGAGGCAAUUGUUUUUUUUCUUAUCCUUUUCAUGCUGCAACAAUUUGUGCUUUGACUGGCUCAACAGUUUCUUCUACCACAGCUAGUUUAAGCAUAGUACCUUCUUGGUGCCCCUUCAAGAGGCAACAAAAGGAGAGCACAACGUAAUCUAUGUUGUGAGGAUCACCAGAGCCGUGCUUUAGUGAAGAUUACUAUUAAUAUCAACUGUACAGGCACCAUCAACAUUUCUAUUCACAUUAAUCAACCAGUGAUAGCUUUCACUGCCAUCAAUGCAAAUCCACCUGCAUCCUCAGCAGCUGCAAAGCAAUAUAUUGCACUAUUAAAUCAAAGUUUGAGAUCAUUUUGAAUGUCUCCAAGAAAAUCGACUUGCAAAGUGUAAAUUGUGCAGCAAGGAAUUGAGGAGGGGGUCAAGAGAAAGGUCACCUCGCUUGUGUCGAUCUGAAAUAACAUCUGAAAAGAUACCUCCUGUCUGUAUUAUUGAGGGGGAAAACAGAACAAGAAAGUAUUAGGACAGGGAGUAGGUUCACUGCUGCUGUAUCAGAUUUUUUGUAGAUUUCACCACAUAUCAGCGCCAUCUACGUUACCACUACUACCAUUAUCAUUUGGCAGAGCAGGUGGGGUGUGGGGAUAAAACCAGUUGUCAGCAGAGGCAGGUUGGACAGGAACAAUCAAACCCUUCAUCAUCUGGUGAAUUAAAAAAACAAAAAACAAGCAAACAGCAUACAAAUAGAAAAUAAUAAAUAAAAAGUUCCUCUUGCAUAGCAAAUACUGCCAAUGCCAUGUUCACUCACUUUGAUUCACUGUGUGCUUCUGUACAACUGUUUGUGCUUAGGAAAUUUGAAGCUUCUUCCCUCAGUAAUAUCCACAGUAUGUGGCUGCAGAUUACUGCCCAAGUGAACCCUGCCUCCAUUGAUUAUUUUUUUUAACUCUUUGUAUAAAAAAAGUAUUCUAAAAUGUGGUGGCCAUGAUGGUGCUGGUAGUUAUAUCCUUGUAUACCCACCUUAAAAAAUAUGUUAAAAUGAGAUUACUCUUGCUGCUGCUCACCCUUUGUCAAAUGCCUUUUAUAAUAGUGGUUUUUGCCCUGUCUGAAUUUGUCUUGAGGAACCUGUUGCCUCUGUAAAUGCAGUUUGGAUUAAUUGAUAGGGCCCUGUUCGUUAGACAAUGAAGGACAGUCACUGAUACUAAAGACUGGAUGUGUGGGAAAGCUUUGCUCAUGUGAGGGGGAAGUGGGUGCUAAACUGCCCAGGUAUUUUCUUUUCACAAAUCCCCUAUUUUGAUAGAAGGGUGUGACGAAUGUAACCUCAUUUCUGGUUCUUGGAGGAUCCUGCUGGCCAGCCUCUUACCCUGUGACUAUGGCCCUGCAAUAGACCUGGCUAAAAUACUUUAAAAGGCUCUGUUCAUGUGAAGUACUCCAGACAGAGAGACCACCUGCUGGCACUAAUUCUCUGGAACUGUUUUGGGCAUGGGACCAUGUGCACGGUCGGUCAAAAAUAAGACUUCCAGGAAAUUCCUGAACCCCUGAACUGAUCUGGGUGAUUUUUGGAUAUGUUGGUCACCCAGAUCAGGGCUAUCACAGGAUGUAACAUUUGUGGGUAUUUAUGUAUUUAUGUAUUUUUAGGGUACUUUUGGUGUGUUUUAAAAAAGUGUGUUUUUUUCUGUGCUUGGAGAUAAUAAUGGAUUAGAAUUAGUACAGUUACUGAUUCAAUUAUCUCCCAAGCAGAGUGUGCUGUGUGUGGGAGUGUCAUACACUUAAUCACUGUUCUGAUUGGUUUGUAAGCUUUGUGUCCCUGUCAAGGUCCAUGUGUGAUUUAUCUACAUUAAUAAGGUCCAUGUGUGCAUACACCUUGCUUGGGGACUUGCAUAAAAGGCCAGCUGUGGCUUCCAUUAAACAGAAUGCUUUACCCCUUCAUGAAGUAUUGGCUCAUGUUUGGGGGAUUGGAGAACUACAUACACUCUGGGGAUUGCUAUAUCACAAUACUCCCAUGAGUAUAAUCACUAGCUCUUCUAAGAGCUGUCCCUGCUACGCUCUCUGGAUUAGGAGAGGUCUACCCCCUGGAAGCUGGAUCCUGGUCUUGGGUCCAGGGUGGGUGGAGGAUGGCGAGACUCCAACCAAGCUGUGGUGGUUUGUGGGGUUUACGGUGGUUAUGGUGUUCCAGUGCAGUGCCUAUGGUACUCGCAAGUACUAGGAAGCAGCGAUUGACGGAGGUAACCAGUCGGGGUGCAAAGCAGUCCAUCACAGGGAGUAUAUGUGUACAGCACAACUGGGCUGGAGGAGAUGGCUGACAGGCACUGAAAGGUAGGGUCCUGAAAAACAUCUAAUCUAAUUUUGGCACUAUUUCAUUGUUAGCCCCAUGUUGUUAGCCCCUUGUAAUUCUGACAGGAUUAUUCAAUGCAGAUAAUUUAAUGUGAAUUCACAGUGAAUUUCAAAUUUGAGCUCAAAACAGCCAAACUGAAAAACAUAUCUAAUUCAAUUUUGCUUCCAAUUCAGCUACUUAGUACAUCAUUUUAAUUAAUUUAGAACUCUUCUUUUACUGAAUAACCCUCUAAAACACACUGCAAGAAAUUAAAUUCAUGCAUUCGACAGGAUUUGUCAGAGCUGGCAUUACAGUGUUUCAGCCAAUCCAAAAGGUUAAACAAUACCUUUUAGCUAGAAUCCAAUAUGUACUUUAACAACAGAACACAGGCCAUCAACUAACUGCAUAGAGAGAAUCUAUCUUAGAAGUAAAGGAAAUAAAUAUACUCCAAAAAGUUUAGGUGAUUUAUGCAAUGUUUAUAAAUUCUUACAAAUGUACAUCUUACACAUUUGAUAAGCUAAUCUAUUUUCUAGUACGUAUUCUUUUUUUAAAAUUUUAGAUCCUGGAAAUUCGAUUUUCCUCAUAUUCCAGUAAUGACCUUGAUUAAAAUUUUCAGAUACGCUUUAUACAUUUUUUUAUAUUUUUGGAGAAAGUUCUAAAAUUAUUUCAAAAUAUUAAAAUAUCAAAAAAUACACUGUAUCAUAUAGAAAAAAUGAAUGAAUAUAAGACAUUUCAAAUUUUUUUUUUAAAUAUUAAAACAUUCAAACAUAUUAAAUCUUUUGAAAAGUUUUUCCAAAAAUAUUAAAUCGAGACCAACGUCCUCUGAAUUUCCAUAUCAAAAAGCUUUAAUGAUUAGAGGGUCUUCUUAACCCACACACUACUUUCCUACCUGUUGGCAUCAUUUGGUAACUGCUGUACUCUUACACGUGCGCAAAAGUGCUUCAUUGAGGUCUAUGGAGCAUCCCUAGAUAAAGUCAAUUCCAUGAUGCUAUCACCGGUGAUGACUGGGGGGAUUGAUAGCUCUAGAUGGCCAAGUAUCUAGUCUCAGGUGAAGGACAUAUACAUAGUUAAUGCUUUGUCUCACUAAAUCUUUUGACUGUAUAGUAAUUUUAGUGAAAUUUACAAUGAGUUUAUUAUAAAGAUUAUACCUUCAUGAUAUAUUACUUUUUCAGGAGGAGGGUGUCAGUACCACUUUAAAUUGAAGCCAUAGGCCUUGAUUUAAGUAUUUUAAAUCAGAAAUUAUUGCAAUCUACAAAAAUUUCCAUAGACAUUAAUGUAGAUAAAUCAUUUGAAAUUUUUUUUUUAUCUAAAAGAUUGAAAUAAAUUCUGAUUCUGAUUUAAAAUAAUUAAAUAAAGUCUAUGAUGUCCUUUAAAUUAAGAUUAAAAAGCAAAAAGCAACUAGGCAUUAGCUGUACAAAAAUGCAUAAUUAAGUUAGGUAAUGUAAAGGUCUAUGAUGACAGGGAGUUAUAAGGAAAGAGUCACAAGGGGGUUAGCGCUAAUGCCCUAAAAGGGGGUAAGGUAGACGCGUAACUAGAAACCACUGGGCCCUGGUGCGAAAUCUGUCCUGGCCCACCCCCCCCAGCCUCUCGAUGUUUCUCAUUCCCAGCCCAUCCAUGUGUAUUAUGCCCUCAGCUCCUCCAUGUGUCUCAUUCCAAGCCCCUUCAUGUGUCUCAGGCACUCAGCCCCUCCAUGUGUCUCAUUCCCCAUGUGUCUCAUUCCCUCCCCCAAGCCUUGGAGGCAUGUGUUUCAUCCUCCCAAGUGCCUUGUUUCCUCCCCACAGCCCCCCAUGUGUCUCAUUCUCCCCAAGCUCUUUACUGUGUCUUAUCCUUCCCACAGCCCCUCUAUGUGUCUCAUUACCUCCAGGCACCUCCAUGUGUUUUUCUCCCCCUCCACUCUUGCCCCUCUAUGUGUCUCAUUUCCCCCCAUGUGUCUCAUUCCAACCCUUAUGUGUCUCAUUUGCUCACCCUAGACCCUCCAUGUGUCUCGUUUCACCUACAAGCCACCUCCUUGUGUCUCUAUCGCCUUCCCUGCAUUUCUCUCUCCCCCUACAGCCCAUCUAUUUCUCUCUCCCACAUUUCUAUCUCUCCCCUCCCUUCCCCUGCAGCCAUUCCAUUUCUCUUUGCCCUCCCCUCCUCUGCAGCUCCUCAGUUUCUCUCUUUCCCACCUUUUACCUGCAGCCCUUCAUUUCUCCCCCCUUGCAAUGCCUCCACCUCUCUCUCUCCCCUCCCCUGCAGCCCCUCCAUUUCUCCCCCCUACCCCUUCAGCCCCUCUAUUCCCACCUCACUUCCCCUGCAACCCCUCCAUUUCUUUCCACCCUCACCUCCCCUCCCCUCCAUUUAUCUCUCCCCCUUCCCCUGCAAUCCCUCUAUUUCUCUCCCCUUCCCCUGCAAUCCCUCUAUUUCUCUCCCCUUCCCCUGCAGACCCGCCAUUUCUCUCCCCCUUACCCUGCAGCCCUGUCAUUUCUCCCACCUUCCCCUGCAAACGCAACAUUUCUUUCCUCCCUCCCCUGCAGACCUUCCAUUUCUCCCCCUUCCCCUGCAAACCCUCUAUUUCCCCCCCCUUCCCUGCAAACAAUCCAUUUCUCUACACCUUUCACCCCUACAACUCUCCAUUUUUCCCCCCUUCCCCAGAGGCCUUACAUUUCUCUCCCCCCUUGCCCUGCAGACCUUCAAUUUCUCACCCCCUUCCCCUGCAGACCCUCUAUUACUCCCCCCUUCCCCUGCAGACCGUCCAUUUCUCAACCCCUUCCCCCCCAGACCCUCCAUUUCUCCCCCCUUCCCCUGGAGACCCUUCAUUUUUCCAUCCUUCCUCUGCAGACUCCUCCUUGUGUCUCAGUGCCCCCAGGCACCUCCAAGUGUUUUUCUUCUCCUCCUUCCCAUGCAGACCCUCCAUAUCCCCCCCACCUUCCCCUGCAGACCCUCCCGUUCUCUCCCCCCCCUGUACCUGUUGGCUGCGGUCACGGUUCCCAUCUGAGUCUGACAGGAUGUGCUCUAAAGGUGGGUUAGCGGUCAAACAGACACAACAGAGGACUAGGUGGAAUGACAGUGACACAGAGCUAGGAGGAUUAGAAGGGCCAAGUGACAUAAAGCGAGAAGGACAGGAGAAAAGUGGCAAAAGGCCAGGUGAAUUGGGAAACAGAGGACUAAUUUGAAUGACAGAGACACAGACCUAGUGGAGAUACCAAGUGACAUAAAGCAAGAGGAUAGGAGGAGAGUGGCAAAAGUCUAGGGGAAUAGGGAAACAGAGGAUUAGGUGAUUAGAGUGACCAUGACACAGAACUAUGGAAACAGGGGAUUAGGGGGAUCAGUUGAGAAAGGGUGUGAGGAACAGAGUGACAAGAGGCUAGAUGAUUAUGGGAAAAGGGUGACACAAAGAGGGACAAGAGAUUAAUGGAUGAGAGAAAAGACAAGGGUGACGGGGUUCAGAAGGAAAGUGAUACAAAACCAGGGGGUAGGGGGAUAAUAGCAUCUGACCCCAUGUCACUCUGUUGCUCUAGCUCUUUGUCACUCUGUCCACCUAAUGCCCAGAAAGGAUAUGGGGUGGUCAGAGGGUAUAUCUUACAUAGUCCCUUACAGCCUUGCUGGUGGUGUCUUCUAGUGUUGGAGAGCGGCACACUUGGUCUUGGUGCCUAAGAAUCCUCUCCAGAGAGUUCCUGGUCCUCUAAGGCAAGCUGCCUGAUCUGCUGAGGAGUCUGGGAGGAUGGUGGCAGACGUUGCAUCCUCCUGACAUCAUAGAUGGGCCGGACAAUACUACUGUCAUAUUGGAGCCCAUUUAGAAGGGCUCUGUGGAGGUUGUAACAGGAGCCUAAAGGUAGCAAGAAAGUAAGUACUGACCCCGCUGCCCAGGAUAUUGUUAACACGUGUGCGCGAUUUAGUAUAACUAUUUCGUUACCAUGACUUACCUAUGUUGUGCCCACGAGAUAUUAAAAAAAAAUUGUGGAUGUUACCUGUGCAGCUCCGUACUCUAAUGUCACUAUUUAUUAAUAUAUACAAAGACAUAUAGCUCAUUUAUUAAUGUACAAAAAAAUAUUUUAUCUACAGCAGAGGAAAAUGUUUAAAGAAUCCAUACUUUAAAUGUAGCAGAUGCUUCUAAAAACGGUGGUUUUAGCAAAAAUAAAAUAAAGAAUUAUGGUGCAAUAGAGAUAUAAAACUUGUUAAUAAUAGCUCAUUGAACCAAUGAGACAAGUGACUGUCAUUUUAAAGCUAAGAAUGAUUUUUUCAUAUCUUGAGGCAUAUUGUAAUUGUCUUCACUAUAGGUUUCUUUCUUACUUUGGAUUAUCAGCAGCAAAAUGGAUAUUCAAAGGUUGAUAUUUUUUUUUUGCCUGAUUUAUAAUGGUGCUGUGUCAAUAAUUGACUGGAUUCAUAGUCUAAUAAUCAUAGUAUUCCUGGUAUUAAAAUGAUUGCCUCUGUUUUCUUAAAAAAACUUGUAAAACAAAACUUGCUAAACUAUUUUUUUUAUAACAAUCUAUAAUUGUAUGCUAAGCUUGACUGCCAAGUAACAUCAUGAUUUGUUUUAUUAGCUAUUAAUACAUGUUUUUGAAGAUCUGAUUGAUCAGUUAGCAGAGAGUAAAGAAUAUCAUAUUUAUCAAUAUCAGAAUAAAUAAAUAAAUAAAUAUGCAAUUGUCAAGAUUUCAACAGUCUUUCAGAUAUACAUACUCACAUACUGACAAACAAAGAUACACAUGCAUAGUGACACAGGGUCAGAAGAAACUGGAAAGAUGAGCCUUAUUACUCAAUCUGAUGAAAGUGGCAUGACUUUGAUUGUAAUGGUAUGAGAUCAGAGGCUGUCAAGAUGUCAGCAUACCAUUUCAUUUUUUAUUUUGGGGCUAUUCAUGAGCUGUGAAAUCCCUGUAAUGCUGUUUCUAAAAAAAUAUCACAAGCUGACAAGAGUGUUGCAACAAAAUGUAGAUUAGCUGCCAAUGGGGUUUUCUGGAGUGAACGGGUUGCAUUCCCUUUUAUGCCCUAGCUAUAGCCACCUACACAUCUAAUAUAAGUCACUUUUGCAUAUGAGUGUCAAUAUGUAAUCAUAACAAUUACAUACAAAAACCCAACAAGUUACACAGUACAUCUUCAGCAACCUCUUUUGCCACCAUGUGUAAAACAUGUUCACAAAGGAGUACUAGAAGUCUAGUUUUACUGGUUAAUACUCCUGAAAAAAAUAGUAAAAUAAAACAUUAAAAUUUGUUGACAUAAAAAUGAUAGAAUGGGAUAUUUCAAAUGAUAAACAAGCAAAAAAUAAAACGUAAUCACUACUCCUUCGAUAUGUGAAAUAAUCUAGGAGCAAGUCAGCAGGCAGUAAAAUAGAAUAAUAGAAAAAUAUAAGUAAAAGAAUAUAAUUAAAAUGAAUCCAAACUAUAGUACUCCUAUCAGUGAUUCUUUAGACUGUAAACACCAGAGUAAUCGAAUAAAUUGGCAUGGACAUAGUUACAUAGAAAAUGCAGCCAGACAAACCUAUUAAAUACCCCAUUAUUAAGGAUUCCAAGAAAUCACAAGUAAUUGAUUUGUAAGCAUGGAAAGGCAUGGAGAGAUUAGAUAAUGUAUAGGAGCAAACAGGCCCAGCCAUAGGACAGAAACCCAAGAUGCAGGGAAUGGCUUAAUGGACUUAGUUUGCAGUGUAAUCAUGCAUCACAGAGAGCUGGACAAAAUUAUGUGAUGACUGCAUUGCCAAGUGUUUUUUUUUUCAGAAAGGUUAAAAUGUGAUAUAAGACAAAAACAAUCUAGGGUCAACAAGAAGAAGUCAAUCUGGACAAAACACAGAUUUUCAAUCUCAAUCAAAAACUAAGAAUUCCAGUCAAAUGCUUACUUUACCUCUGUCUUUAAUCAUUACUUAAUGGCGAUUUCAUUAAGUUACAAAAUAGAGUAUAAAUAAAUAAAAUCACAAGAGGAUGUGUCACUAUGUCAGUGUGGAAAAGAGGUUGCAAGGUAUCAUGAUUGUAUUUAGUUAAUCAUAUUAGAGAAGACAUUACGUGUGAAGGAAUGUUGUAGAGUGGAAAACAGGAGGCUAAAAUGCAUAUUGAACCACUAGUUAAAUUUGAAAAGACAGGGGCAGUCAGGUAAAGAAGAAGAUAUAGUUUCUAUUUAUUCAAGAGAUGGGUUUUGAGGGGCAUUACAAAGGACUGUUGAUGAGGAGAAUGCCAGAUAAGAAUAGUUAAUACAAAGAGAUCUCAGGCACUCACUGUGACAGGAACCAAGCAGAUUUAUUGGAUCAAAAUAGAACCAGUUGUUUUUUUGAUCCAAUAAAUCUGCUUGGUUCCUGUCACAGUGAGUGCCUGAGAUCUCUUUGUAUUAUACUGGAUUUAUAGGGUAUGCUGAUCCAUACCCAGUAGCACCCUGUGAUUGUAUGACUGCGUGCAGUCCCCUUUUUUCUUGAUAAGAAUAGUUAGCCUUCCAUAGGUUGGGCAUUGUCCUAGAAAAGGUUUCCAGAUGAGAAUUAGUGAUGUAGGUUUGAAGAGAGGACAGGCAAAGAUGAAAGAUGGAAUAGAAUGGCCUAGAAUGGGUGUACUUGAUAAAGCUUCUGUACUAGUAGAAAAUGCUAAUGUUUACUGUACACAAGAUCCAGUGCACUCACUUAUCUACUAAACAGAAACUUUAAAGCUCACAUAUUUUAUUAUUUUUUUUAAAACACCUAAUCUAGGCAAAGAUAAUGGGGGUUUAGUUACAGUAUAUGAUCAUACAUUGCAUAAGCCUGCCACAACGUCAAUGUACCCCAUCUUUUUCUAGAUUUAAUGUCUAAAUGAGGAUGGGCCUUGGGUGUUAAUACUAUGUCAUCCAAACUAAUGUCACAACAGCUUCUACUUCUUAUAUCCCUGAUUUAGGAGAACAUACAUAUUUAAACCCAAGCACUGCUUGAUUCAGAGAUAGAUAAAAUAGAAAGGUGAACAGCGCUAAAAAUCAGAAAAUGUACAUACGUUUUGUAGAAAUACUUGCCAGCAGAGUAACUUAAAAAAAGAGAGAAACAAAAAUACAAAUAAUGGUACAGUAUGUAUGAAUGAUAUAAUUCCACAAGAACAAAGGUGUUAUAUUCACACUCACACUUUGAGGAGCUAUAUCAGCUCGGUGUUAAGAGCCUGGACGGAAUAAUCCCCGUCUAUGGAUUUCUUGAGGUUCAAGACCGUUGGUGAAUUUAUAGGUGUAAAUAUUCGUUACAUGAAAAACAAGAGUAAAAUACACCACAUGGUAUAGUACGUAAAUAUAAAAUAUUGUGAAAAAAAAAAAGUGGAUGAUCCUACUUACAUAUACUAGAGCAACGACCUGCUCUAGUUUGGAGAAUUUCAGGUGGAAUAAUCCCCACCUUGGGAUAUAGUAGACCCAGGUAUAGCAGCAAAGCAGUAUUGGAUAGGAAGGAGGACAAAAGGAAUGACUGGAUAGUUUAAAAAAUAUAUAUACUUUAAUACAAUAAGUGAAAAGUGAAUAAUAAACUAUAAAACCAGUCCUGUAUAAAAGUCCAAAAUUCUUCCUCACUUGACGCGUUUCGCCGAUGCUUUCUCAAAAGUGAUUCACUAGUAUAUGUAAGUAGGAUCAUCCACUUUUUUUUUUCACAAUAUUUUAUAUUUACGUACUAUACCAUGUGGUGUAUUUUACUCUUGUUUUUCAUGUAACGAAUAUUUACACCUAUAAAUUCACCAACGGUCUUGAACCUCAAGAAAUCCAUAGACGGGGAUUAUUCCGUCCAGGCUCUUAACACCGAGCUGAUAUAGCUCCUCAAAGUGUGAGUGUGAAUAUAACACCUUUGUUCUUGUGGAAUUAUAUCGUUCAUACAUACUGUACCAUUAUUUGUAUUUUUGUUUCUCUCUUUUUUUAAGUUACUCUGCUGGCCAGUAUUUCUACAAAACGUAUGUACAUUUUCUGAUUUUUAGCGCUGUUCACCUUUCUAUUUUAUCUGUCCAUUUAUCACAAGGUAGAGGAACACCUUGUUGGUGAACUGCAGCUCACCCCUGAGAAGAGAGCGCUUAUUAUUCUUUUGCAUUUGAUUCAGAGAUAGUUGAAAUGUGUGUAUCUCCUGUCCUUGGAUAACUCUGUCUAUUCUUUUGUCUUUUGUGAGUUAUAUCUGACCAGCUCUAAGAACUAUUAAUACACUUCCAAUCCCAGUAUAGGUUCAGUGUUGGUUCAGGUUGUUUGUGUUGGGUUAGCACCCAUCAUGACAUUGUUUAGCUAAUUGAUUUAGUUUCAAAAACACUGUGUUGCUUAUUUAUCCAAUAAUAUUUUGGGAUGACUACGUUUCAGGGAAAUGUAUGGUCACUAUUUCCCAAGCACUCACUUACCAGCAGUUUCUAGAUAUCUCCAGAAAAAAAAUAUAUACUAGGUGGCACUUUCCCUGAGAUAUGAUGAUGUUAUUUAGCAAAACAUGCUAUCUUUUGCUAAACUAUUAGUCUCAAUCAAUUUCUGGGUAAAUACGAUCUCCAAUGAUGAAAAUCUGAACCAGACUUGCAGUUCUCUAAGUUCAGAAUAACAUCUGAUCUUCUCCAUAUUAAUUUGGUGUUUUGCUCCUUUUCUCUAAUGAAAUAAAACAUCACUCAUCUAUCCCAAUAUCAGUGAAUUGGUUAAGAUAUUUCUUCAGAAAUAUGAUUUAUUUCAACAAUUAAUGUCAUAUUUCUAUAUUUUAAACAGUGAGAGAAAUAUACACCUGUAGAUAAGGAAAACAGAAUGUAAUGAUUUACUAAUGGAUUUCUAAAUGUAUUCUGCAAGAGUAAAUAUGAACAUAAGGCCAACAGAAGUCAAAUUAAAUAUUGUUUUAAAUUACAAAACUAAAAUUAUCUUAAAGAAAAGCUUUUAUGCACACAAAUUAAGCUGUAUUACAGUUAAAAUAAAUCAAAUUAGAUUUAUUGUCUAGUCUUGUUUCGAUUUCCAAUGUUUGCUCAGGUGUUAAGUGUAAUCUUUUUGCAAAUAAUUAUGCAACAUUUAAUUUAAGGCUACUGUGGGUUAUAAAUUAUGUGUUAUUGUUGGUAUUAUCAGAAUCUUAUCUUUUGUAUUUUUGCACCAAGCAUAACCUCAAAGACAACAGUUGAUAAUAGAAAUGUAUUUUGUUUAUUUUGCAUGUAAGCACCUGUUAAAUGGCCAGUGUCAUUUUCAUCAUUAGGAUAAAGAAAUACAGGAUUCUGUUGAAUGAAGUAAAAGAAAGCAGCCAUCAAUCUUUCUGCCCCUUAUUUGACAGAAAAGUACUUUCUUUUACUCCUCUUUUUUCCACCUCUCUAAAUUUGGCAGUCUUUUGAAAUGGUAAUGUCUGCAAACUGGUGGAAUUUAUUGUGAAACUUAACCAUUACUUUUUAAAAUGCAUUAAUAACUAUCUUCUUUGUUAAAAGCCAAAUAUUUAGAAAAACAAAAAGAAGCAUUUUAGGGCAAAUGCACCAUCUGGUGCAGUAAAAAUGUAAAAUUGUGUUCCAGAAUUAGCUCAGUUGUGAUUUUUUACCUCUUACACAUUUACUUGGUUUAAAAAUGAUCAAGGUUAUUCACUGAAUGGCUGCCCAGUGUCUAGCGUAUUUUAACAGUCACUGUUUAAUAGAUAUGCACUCACCAACAGCAUGGCAUGUGGGAAAUAAGGGAGGUUAAAAACCUAAAGGCUAAUAUGAAUAUUUUUUGACCCCCAUAUGCUUUAUUUUAUUUUUUUCAUCCACUAAUUUUAAUUUUGUCCACAGACAAAUAAUAGUACUAUUAUUUGUUCACUUACAAAAAGCAAGUGAAUGAUCAUUUGUGAAUAUGCAUCAUAAAUUAUGCAUUGUGUGCCUAUUUAGUUUAAUAAUUGGUACUUUCUACAUAUCUUGAAUACUUUGUUUUGUAUAGGGUUUGGAUGAAAACAUAUUUUAAACAUGACCUCUAAUUCUUCCGACACAGAUGUUAGUAAAUAUGAAAAUUGCCAUUCCAAUUAGAAUUUGGCCAUUUUCAUCAAAGUUUGUCCAUUCAGACAAAAUUCCAUGUUAAGUGAAUAAUUCUGUUAGUGAUGUAUUAACAGAGUUGGGCUUCUGAGACAGAUGUAUUGUCUGUUUAGUUGAUAAAAGUAAAGCCUGAUAUAAAUUGUAUUUAGGAAAAUCUACACAUGUCUAUCUAUAACUUCCAAAAUAACUUACAUGUAUUCCCACAGGGUUGCCUUAACACAGCUGAAUUUUUAUGUAAUGCAUAACUUUUAAGUCAAAGAAAGUGACUAUUUUAGUACUAUAGAACCCUAGGUAGAAAAUUCAGUUCUGUAUUUAGGGCAUGUUGCUUAUUCAUAUAAUCACAAUUAAGAAUUUAUUGCACGGUAUGUGUGGCAAUGGCUGCAGUUACAAUUAAUAGAGCUAAAAAUACAAAUUGACAGAGAGAAAUUACCAAUGAAUUUUAUGUUUUAAGCCAAAAUAGUCAAACUGGAAAAAAAAUCCUUUCAACUAUGUUUCUACUAAAAUGUGAAAUGAUCUGGUUGAUUCCUGAAAUUCAUGAUCUAGUUACCAGAAGCAGAGGGGAGGUCGGCCACAUGUCACAGAUGGCAUGGGAGGGCACGGAGCACCCCCUCCCACAAGAACAGGCACCUGCUGACCAGCGCAUUGCUGAAGGGAGUGCUGCCAGGACCCACAAAGUGCAGAGACUGGACCAUACUAGAAGAACAUCUGGUAGAAAGAAGCAUCACAUAACACCAAGGCCCAGUGGAUACUAGACUUCAAAGCAGAACACUGCAUGCUUCAGUCAACAGGCUGUGGGAGAUAUCCAACAAGUAGCCAACAUGAAGAAUUGGUAAGCCCCAGGUUCUGAUAUGAUACAGACCUACUGGAUAAAGAAGUUAACAACAUGAACGCACAGCAGCACAAAUGAAACAGCUGCUAGCAACAGGCUUCCACCCUGACUGGCUAACAUAAGGCAGAACAAUGCUUGUAAUGAAGGGCUCUCACAAAGGAACAACACCAUCUAACUACGUCCCAAUAACCUGUAACCACACAAAAUAAAAAGGUCCUGUCAGACAUCAUAGCCUCCAAGAAUAAUGGGCAUAUGAGUCAGUACAUAGGCAAUACUCAAAAGGGGAUUUAAAAACAAAACUAGAGGAUCAACACACCAACUUCUGGUAGACCAAGCAGUCACACAGGAUUAUAAGACCAGACAGUCCAAUCUGUGCUCAGCCUGGAUUGACUACAGGAAAGUCUGUGACACAUUGACACACACAUGGAUACUGGAAUGCUUAGUCCUAUAUGAUCAAGAACUCAGUAGGAAAGUAGAAAACAACUCUAGAAGAACUGUAGAGAACAGCUUGAAGUACCUGGGGAGAGAGAGGGGGAGGAGUGUGUGCAAACACAUGGCAACAAUUAGGAAGAGGCAAGGAGAAUAGCAACAUCCAAGUACCUCAAGAGAGUCACACAUGUCCUAAAGUCCCAGCUCAAAGAACACAUAUGCCCUAAUUGUCAUCAGGUACCAAGAUGUAAUAAUGACGUGGCCAAGAGAAGAUUUGGUUACCAUGAAUGUCAAGACCUGGAAACUACUCUCUAUGAAUGUAGUAAUCCACCUGAAAUCCUGCACCCAGUGACUGUACACUAGCUGGAAGGAAGGAGGUGGGGGCCUGACGAGUGUCAAGUCCUGGAUGAAACACAGAGCAUCUAAAACUAUAUGAUGAAGAUAACUCCAAAAGAUGAACUGCUAAGGGAAUUCAUGAGAACACAACAGAUAGAAGAUGCAGAAAAGGAGGAGGUUCCAUGGAAAGCCAAACCUCUCCAUGGGGUGUACCGCUGGCAGAUAGUGGCUGUAGCAUACAUUGUAAAAGUCCUUGGAAAAUAAUAGCACUUAUGUACCAAUCCUAGCAGCACAGGAAUAGGCACUCAGCACCAGAUCAACAGAAGAGAGAGUCUACCACACCAGAUAAGACCAAAGAUGCAGACUGUGCAAAGAGGCCUCUAAGAUAAUCCAGCACAUAGUAACAGGGUGCAAGAUGUUAACAGGCACAGCAUAUAUUUACAGGUACAACCAAGUUGCUGGGAUGGUGAACCAAAAUAUCUGCACAGAAAAUGGGGAGGAAUUGCCUAUGUCUAAAUGGAAGAUACUACAAGGGUAGUUGAGAAUGAUAGGGCUAAGGUCCUGUGGGCCUAUCAGAUCAAGACAGACAAACAAGUAGUGGUCAAACAACCUAACAUCAUGGUGGCAGACAAGGAACCAAAACACCGCAGUGGUGGUGGAUGUGGUAAUACCCAGUGACCAUAACAUCAGGAAAAAGAAACAUGGGAAUAUGGACAAAUGCUAAGGACUGAAAGAGGAACAAGAAAGGAUUUGUAAAGUGACGGCAAGUAGUAGUCCCAGUUGUGACAGGAACACUUGGGUCUGUGACUGCCAUGUUGAGGUAAUGGCUUCAGCAGAUUACAGGUAAAACAUCUAAGAUCUCUGUCCAGAAGAGUGAUAUACAAUCUCGGAUCCAGUUCAUCCAAUAGGUUUUCAAUGGGGUUAAGGUCAGGGCUCUGUGCAAGCCAGUCAAUUUCCUCCACACCAAACUCAUCUAACCAUGUCUUUAUGGUCCUUUCUUUGUGCAAUGAAGCACAGUCAUGCUGGAAUAGAAAAGGGCUUUCCCCAAACUGCUUCCACAAAGUUGGAAGCAUAUCAUUGUGCAAAAGGUCUUGGUAUGCUGAAGAUUUCCCUUCACUGUAAGCAAGGGGCCCAAUUAGACAUGUGCAAUUCGUUUAGUUCCAAAUGUAUAUUCAAAUAAAUUUCGUGCAAUUCAGACAUUCAGAUGCUUACGAAUGUCCGUAGUGCCAAAGUUCGGAAGUGCCAAAUAGGCGAAGUUCCGAAUUGCCAAAGUGCUUCAGAUUUUUGAAAAGUGGCAAAACAAGAGAGAGGGAGAGAAAAUUAUGUGAAUGGUGACAGGAAUCUUGACCAAAAAGCUAAUUCCUGGCACUGGGUGCACUAUAGAUAUGUAAGUGGUUGUGGUGGCAGUCCGUCACUGAGAGGUGGGAGCCCUAUAGAUGUGUAAGUGAUUCUGGUGGCAGUCCAGGCACUGGGAGGCUGGAGCUCUAUAGAUGUGUAAGUGGCUGUUGUAUCAAUCAUGGCACUGGGAGCCCUACAGAUGUAAAAGUUGUUGUGAUGGCAGUCCGGGCACUGGGAGCAUGGGCGUCCGCAGGAAAUUUUCUAGGGGGUGGGGUCAUAAUUGUAAUGACAAACCUGAUGCAAAAGCUUAAUAAAAAAAUCAAGUUGCCAAUGUCUGAUUUGAGUGUUUAGUCUGCUUUAAUGUUAACACUAUUCAAUGCACCACAUUAGUCCUAUAUCCAUGAUCAAAGCACAAUAACUGAAUUAUAAAAAAAUAAAUGACUGCACACAAAGCUAGCUCUCAGCACUCACAGCACUAGCUACAACACUAGAAUGUGCCCACAGUGCCAGAUUGCACCCACAACACUUCCACACCUUAUAAAUGCCAGUAAUAAUAAUAAUAAUAAUAAAUGGCCCUGGAGGGGUGGCCCUCUAACAGAGGCUGCCUCAGCAUCCAUUAGAGAGUCUGUAAGAAAAAAUAAAUUUUCACCUGUGCGUCUCUUAACCCCCAUUUUGUGUUUCUUAUUCCAUCUUUUGAAUGUCUUACACCUCCUAGUGUAUCUACCCCUUUAAAUUACUUUAUCCUACAUUUUUGCCAUUUCUGUCUUACACCGCCCUUGUGUGUCUCUUACCUUCCCCUUUGUGUGUUUUACUUCCCUCCAGUCCCUUUGUGUGUCAUUGCCCCCUUCCCCAGUCCGUCUGCUUGUCUCCUGAUCUUCUUCCCAGCCCAUCUGUGUCACUAUCACUUUCUCCAGCUCCUCUUUGUGUGUCAUUGUCCCCUUCCUCAGCCCCUUUGGGUGUCCCUAUCCCCAUCCCCUGCUCCCCUGUGUAUUACUGUCUUCUUCUCCAGCUCCUUUGUGUGUCCCUGUCCCGUUCCUGGCCCCUAGGUGUGUGUCAUUAUCACAUUCCCAGCCCCUCAGUGUGUGUCAUUGACCCCUUCCUCUUCCCCUCCGUGUGUCCCUGCCCCCAUCCCCAUCUCCUCUGUGUGUCAUUGUCCUCUACUCGAUCCCCUCUGUGUGUUCCUAUCCUUUUCCCAGCCCCUCAGUGUGUCAUUGUCCCUUUCCCCAGCCCCUUUCUUUGUAAUUGACUUCUUCUCCAUUCCCUCUGUGUUUCUGCUCCCCACCCCUAGACUACUAAAUACAUACACACAGACUGCUGAAUACAUGCAUACACAGGCUGCUGAGUACACAGACUGCUAAAUACACACACACAGGCUGCUAAAAUACACACACACAGACUGCUAAAUACACACACACAGACUGCUAAAUAUAGACACGCAGAUUGCUGAAUACAUACACUUAAAAUUGAAUACACACACACAGACUGCUAACCAUAUACACACACAGACUGCUGAAUACACACACAGACUACUGAAUACACACACAUAUAUUGCGGAAUACACGCACAGACUGCUGAGUACAUACACUCACUGCUGAGUGACAUGUUGGACAUUAUGGAAGGGUAUACUGUCCCCAAACACACUGUGGGCAGCAGUAAUGCACCCAGUUAACUCUUUCAUGACUGUAGCAAUUUCCUUUUCUUUAAUGUAUCAUGGUCCACAUACGUGGUAAUAGUGAAUCUGACUACAUGGGACAUACAGCAGAGAUGGGACUUUAAAAAUUAAAUAAAUUCAUUUUAGGAACUACAUCCUCCUGAAUUAUUUUCUAUAACCCCAAUGCCUCACUUACCUGAACUAUAGGCUGUCCCCCAUGCCUCACUUACCUAAUCUGUAGGUUGCCCCCCCAAUGCCACACUUACCUGAUCUGUAGGCUAACCCCCAUGCCUUACUUACCUAAACUACCUAAACUAUAGGCUGCAACCACAACCACUUACACAUCUAUAGGGCUCCCACCUCCCAGUGCCAGGACUGCCACCACAACCACUUACACAUCUGUAGGGCUCCGGCCUCCCAGUGCAGGACUGCCACCACAACCACUUACACAUCUAUAGGGCUCCCGCCUCCCAGUGCUAGGACUGCCACCACAAAUUCCGAAGUGCAAAAGUUCCAAAGUUUCGAAGAGCCAAACCGAACCGAGUGCCAUUGGUCCGAAUUGGAUAAGCAGAUGAAUAUUUUUACUUACCUGAAUUUCCGAACCAAAUUUUUUCCCAUGCAUCCCUAGGCCCAACCACUGAAAAACAUACAUUAAUAUCAUUAUCCCUCCACCACCAAACUUUAAAGUUGGCACAAUGUAGACAGUUAGGUACUGUUCUCCUGGCAUUUGCCAAUCCAAGGCUCAUCCAUUAGACUGCCAAACAGAUAAGCAUUAUUCAUCACUACACAAAACACAUUUACACUGCUCCUGUCUAGUGGUGGCAUACUUUACACUACUUGGCAUUGCACUUGGUGACGUGAGGCUUGCAUGCAUCUGCUCAGCCAUGGAAACCCAUUCCAUAAAGCUUCCACUGCACAGUGUUUGUGCUGAUAUUAAUGCCAGUAAAAAUUUGGAACUCUUCAGCUAUCGAACUAGCAGAGCAUUGACGAAUUACUCACCAUGUGCCUUAGCACUCAGUGACCCUUCUCUGCAAGUUUAUAUCUAUAAAGUCUAUAUAGUCUAUAAAGUCUUCCGCUUUGUGGCUGAGUUACUAAUGUUCCUAAAUGUUUCCACUUUCCAAUCUUAUCACCUAUAGCUGAUCAUGGAAUAUCUAGCAAGGAUGAACUUUCACAAACUGAUUUAUUGCAAAGAUGGCAUCCUAUCACAGUAUCAUGCUUGAAUUCACUGAGCUCUUCAGAAUUACCUAUUUUUUUCACAAACUGUUUCAAAAUGCAGACUGCACAGCUAGAUGCUUCAUUUUAUACACCUGAAGUGUGUCCUAAUACUUUUGUCCAUAUAGUGUAUGUGAGUGUCAUUUAACUUACAAAAAGUGAUUAGGGGUUGCAGAGUGAGAUAAAUUGUAGUUUACGGUCCUAAAAUAUAUUGGGGAGUUUCAUAAUAUUCUGCUAGUGACUAUUCCUGUUGGUCUCUUAUUUCACUGGUACUUGCAAGAGAUUAUUUUUCUACCAAAGUCAAAAUGUUAUUUUACUGAGAAUUAGGAGGAUCUUACUUUCUACAUGUUUUCCUAUAUAUUGUGUACUGUGUGCGCAAAAUAAAGGCUACUAAAUCCUCUCCCAAAUUCAAAAUCACCAGGUCCUUCAAAAAAUGUAAUCUUGAAUCCUUUCUAAAUGACAUCAAGAACCUCCCAUGGCACAGAUUAGACUUUAUCCCAGACCUAGACUGUGCAGUUGAAUUCUUUCAGUUUGAACUCCUACAAGUUUGGAAUUUACAUGCCCCGCUGCAUAAGGUGAGAGUAAAAAGGGCACAUAUGAAUUGAAUCACAGCUGACCUCAUCCAAAUGUACCAGUUUCGGGGUUCAUUGUGGUCAGAGUCCAAUGUACUGGCUCUAUUAACGAUCACUGUAUAUUUCUAUGAAAAUCUGAACAAUAACAUUUCAAACCUUAGAAACCUUUGGAAAGUCAUCAGUAAAUUAGAAACUUCCCCAAUCCACUCCCAACCCUCUACUGUCAAAGUGGAUAAGCAAACCAUGCAACUUCCCUUAGAUGUAGCAAAUGCCUUUAACAAUUAUUUUGUCGGAUGCUCCACCACCCUGAUUGCCAAGCUAAUAAAUUACACACAUCCUGAAACUACAAAUAUGGAUCAGGCACCACUAAAUUAGAAAAGACCCAAUAUAGACAAGAUUAAUUUUAGACCUGUACUUAUUACUGUCAUUAAGAAACACCUUAAUAAUCUAAAAAUGAAAAACCAGUCUGGACCUGAUCAAAUCCCAGCAAUGCUGUUGAAGUUCAGUGUGCUGGCAAUUGCUAAACCUGUCACAACCCUAAUUAACGAAUCCUUGGUGUCUGGAUACAUACCCAAACUUUAGAAGAGUAGUGCCUAUCCAUAAAAGUUGUGACACUACUUUGGUUUCUAACUAUCGCCCAAUAUCAUUCCCCCCGUUAUUGUCAAAAAUCUUCAAAAAAUGCAUCCAGACGCAACUAUGUGAAUGUUACCAACAAUCUAACUAUCUGACCCCUGAUCAAUCGGGUUUUCGCCCAAAUCACUCCACUACAACUGCCCUCUUAAAUGAUGCAAUGACAUCCAAACUGGCAUGGAACAAGGAGACCUAACUGGAGUUAUUUUCCUUGAUUUUGGAAAGGCCUUUAACACAGUAGACCACAACAUUCUACUGCACAAACUAAAAAAACUGAUGUAUUGGUGAUUGUCAGCUAACCUGGUUUUGAUCAUAUGUAUCAGAUCGCUCACAAUAUGUGUCCAUUUCUGACAGCGACUCCCUCCCUCUCCCAGUCACGUGUGGUUUUCCCCAAGGUAACAUUCUCGUCCCCCUACUAUUCACAUUAUUUAUAAAUGAUAUGCCUAAUGUAUGUAAAUCCUCAAAUGUACACAUGUACGCAGAAGAACACAGUAAUCUUUGCAAGCAAAUCCAAUCUACCACAACUUGAGGCUGUGCUCCAAGAUCAGUUUACAGAGGUAGAAAAGUGGACCACAAAAAACAAACUCUUCCUAAAUACUGACAAAACUUUCACAAUGAUCUUUGGAACAGUACAUAAAUUACACAAAUUACACAAUUCCCACCUAUUAAUCAAAACAAAAUCGAAUAGCACACUGACCGCAGUCCACUCUUUCAAAUACUUGGGUAUGUUGUUAGGCCCCAAUCUAUCUUUUGUCCUCCACGUAGAAAAACUUGCAUCUAAACUUUAUCUAAAACUAGGUGCCCUGUACAGAAACAAAUCCUGCCUAAGCCCUACAGUAAAGGAAACGAUUGUACAGCACAUGCUGAUGCCAAUCAUUGAUUAUGGGGAUGUAGUAUAUGCACCUGCACCGCAAACCCACCUUAAUAAACUUAAUACAUUGUAUAACUCGUUCUGCCGAUUUGUGCUACAAUGUAAUUACAGGACCCACCAUUGUGACAUGCUAAAAGACCUAAACUGUUUGUCGCUGGAUUCCAGUUGCACCCUUCAUCUUUCCAGCCUUGUUUUUAAGAGCCUUUCUGGGAAGCUCCCUUCCUACCUGAGCAGAAUGCUCUCCCUGGCUAUUCCCACCUUAUAUAACCUCCGAUCUAGUACCAGCACUUUAUUUAGUCUACCUCAUUACAAACAGAAAGCAGCCUGAUCCUCCUUUGCCCACAGAGCACCGCAAUUAUGGAACGACCUCCCACACACUUUCAAAUCUUCCCCAAGCCUAAAGUCCUUUAAGAGAUCCCUCUCUACAUAUCUCAAAACAGAAUGCACCUGUCAUGGUUGAAUAUAUAUUUUCAACCUGUUCUAUAUUAAAUUGUGUAUAUAUUGUGUAUUAAUAUUGUUUUUGUAUUUUAUUGUACCCUAUUGUAUCAAUACAAUGUUUUGUGGACCCAGGACAUACUUGAAAACUAGAGAAAUCUCAAUGCAUCUUUCCUGGUAAUUUUUUUUUAUAAAUAAAUAAAUAAUGUAUUAUUUUUAUUCUAUGAAAAAGAUUGUUUUGAAAUUCUUAGUUCACUGCAGUUUAAUAUAUCUGUUAAUCGAGAAGGGUUUGUUUUCCUAAUCACUGUCUGUAGUAAGUUGUGUGACCUUGAGCUGUCUGUAGUAAGUUGUGUGACCUUGUGAUCUUGUGUGCAUGUCAGUGAGCUAUUGUGCAGUGAGGUGUGUUAUGUUGUGUUUGUGUAUCAUACAGCUUGUGUGUGGUGAACAUUCUGUAGUGAUCUGUGUAUAAUGAGCUUGUGUGUGUGUGUGUGUGUGUGUCAGUAAGAUUUGUGUAGUGAGCUGUAAGUAGUGUCUUGUUAUGUUUGUAGUGAGUUGUGUGUAGUGAGAUUUCUGUAGUGAGCUUGUGCGUGUGUCAGCUACCUUGUUUGCAAGCUUUCUGUAGUGAGCAUCAGCUCUAUUAAGACAGUAAUAUACAUUUAUGGCAGUAGAGGCAUGAGUUAUCUAUAUUAAUUUGUUUUGAUGUAUACUUGAUUUUUAUACUUUAAUAGUCUGUUUUCAUUUCAGCAGAAUUCAGAGAACACCUACUAUCUUCAUAAUAAUCAACUUUUUAUUUUUAUUUUAAAUGCAUGAAUUACGGUCUUUAUUAACCCUUGUGGGGUUAACCCGUAAUAGGCCAGAAGACUGGACAUCUACAGAGAUUUACAGGAAUUAGCCAUUAAAGGGGCAGAUGCUUGAGCACACUCUAGUAUCUUAACCUAUUGUGCUAAAUCCCACCGAGUGGAGGAAGAGGGCAAGUUGUACACUGGUCCUCCCCUGAUAUGAAUGAAUUCAAACUACCUCACAAUAUUUUUAAUUGGAUUAUUUACUUGUAAUAGAGACAUCCAGUUGACUUGAUUGGCUCAUUCUAUUUCUAUAAUGGGGUUUCACAAACUCCAGCUUAUAGCCAUAUAUUCAUUUCAGUUUUCUGUUCAGUGAUAUAGUGAAGAACGCUAACUAAAAAAAGGUUAAUGUCAAGAUUUUAAUUUAUGGUGUUUCUUACUUUGCAAUAUUUCAAACAGAGGGACUAGAUUCUAGUAGAUAAGUUCAUUUCUUGUAAUUAAAUAGCAUUUUUUUCCCUAGAAAGUAAUGUGAAACUGCUGUACAGUUGUUUGAAAUACAUAUAUUCACUUACACUGUUACGUAACAUCAUAGGACGCAGAAAUAUAAUGUUGUCACAUACAGUAGGAAUGAAUUAACUAUAGUCCCAUACUUCUCUUAUCCGGCUGAAAAUAAUGUGGGCUUUAAAGUCUCACCCACAAAAGUAAUUGUAAUCUGAGAGAAGGUAAUUGAAAAGAGAGCUGAUAUUUUCAGUCACUCUGCAAAAGUGCAGAGAAGCAUAAUCAUGUUAGAAGAGCAAUCAUUUUCUUUUUUUAGAUGAAAAGCAUCACUGUAGCAGAGGGGAAAGCAAAUGAAGCUUUAUGGGCUUGAUUUGUGUUUUGCUUUUUUUGUGAAUAAACACCAGUGAAUGGAUACUGCUUGUUGCCACUAUUACUAAAAUUAUUUUUCCCUAAAUGUGUUCAUUUCAUUUUUCAUUCGCUGAAAGAUAACAGAUUUUCUGCUGUAAAACAUUUUGUAAAGAAUUUAGAUUAGGAGAAAUAAAAAUGAAUAGUUUGAACACAAUUUCAAUAAGAUUAUCUAUUGCAACACAGUGCAUUUUGUAUUUAGCACACCAAGCAAGUUAUAAAUAAUAAAUCAUCUUGUUUUUCAGACAACAGUAUCUUACAUCACAUUGCGUUACAUCAUUUGUUAUUUCAUGCAUUAUAUAAUAGAUGAUUUUUGCUUAACAUUCUUUGUCAUAGCUUGUCACACCACACCAUCAUUACACUGACAUACGAUCUCUCAGUAAAUGGGAGUUAUUGGAGCAACUCAAGUACCCCCUGCACGAUAGCCCUUUGGCUACAGUGUAGGGGGUAUAUAGAUCCAUGCAUUAAGCCUGAACAAUCAUUUUUCACAUAUCCUCUCUGCUGUGAGAAAUCGUCUUUUGUAUGCCUUUUGUUAUUUUGUUAUUUUGAAUGUAUGGCAGCUUGCUACGAUUUGAUUUAGUAUCCUAUGAUAACUAUUUUGAUGAGAAGAAGAGUGUGGGUAUCAGCUAACAACUCUUGAUGUGGUAAGUACUAAUUAUUUUACAGGUAGAUACACACAAAAACACAAGGAUGAGGAAAGGUGUGUUCUAGUCUCCAGUAGUUAUUAGUGGGAUAGCAGAAUAAUUGCUACCUAUAAUUUAACUACUGCCUUUUUGGGAUGAGGCGGGUUGGGGGGGUGAUGUGGGAUCCAUUGAACAAUGACUGUUUGUAAUUUAAACAGUCAACCAUCAUGGUUUUGUAAGUGGUUACUGCCCAAUUACAAUAUUGCCAUGUACCUGUUUCCAUAACCCAUUAGAAGUGAUUUGCCUUUAAUAGAUAACCAAAUUGUUUUUUAAAUGCAAUUUAUCAGAAUUCUGCAAAUGUUUCAAUUUAAUACCAAUUGCACCCUAAGCCAAUAGUGCUAAUUUCCUUGAAACUAAUAUCAUAUUCAAAAUGUGCUUUUUACCAUACUAAGUAAAAAUUUCCAUUUAAAUCUAUAUAUCUAAUUAGAGUUAAAUCAAUUUUUAUUUGAGCUAUAUUUGUUUGCAAUAUGUAGUGGUUAUGACAAAUAUUUUAUUUGGGUAUUUUCAAAUAGAGUUAUAAAUGUUAUUUGAGAUAUCACAACAGACACUGUUUGAAAAUGUUCAAUCUGGAGCGAUUUUGCUUUGAGCAAACGUGAAAGGAUUGUUGCUAAGUGACUGCAAAGCUGAGAUAAUUUCUGAAGGUUAUUUAAAUAUCUCUCUAAUAUACUUCAAGCAAAGUAGUACACAGGUACAGUACAUUAUAAUGACUGUGAAAUAAAGGGCAGCACAUGUGCAAUAAAAGUAUGACUGGUAUUUAAAAUAUGUCACCACAAUACACGUACAUUGCUGUUUGUGAUGUAUCACAUGCAUUAAUAACCUUUAUGACAUAAUGCCAAGUAAACAGAUAUAUAAAGGAAAAUAGUCAUGGUAUUGUUCACUUCAAAGUUAAAUCAAAUAAGUGUAUUAAGCUAAUUAGCAUAACAAUCUAACAGCAAGUAAUUACAGGUAUUGUGUCAAUAAUUGCAUACCUCCCAAAGUGUCUCUGUAUAGGAGGGUCCAUUCAUCUUUAGAAUCCAAAUUCCUUUGCACCUAUUUUCUGACCUAGAAUCUAUCUCUUUUUGCCUGCAGAAUAUAUGGUCUGCAUGAGUGAAUUCAAACGUUCUACAGCAAUAGCAUUGACUGUACUGUGCUAUAAUAAAAUAUUUAAAAUUGUGUAACUAAAAUCAUAAUAAAAAAUAGUUAGAGCACAAAAGUACAAAAGUAUACAGUUUCACCAAAACCAAAAUGGGUAAAAUUCCUAGACCUAAAAGACAAAAAUGAAAAUAAUCAAAGGGCAGUACUAUAAAUACAAAAUAAAUCAAAAUGAACAAAGAGCUCCACUCACAUAUUACUAAGCCACUCAAACAGCUGGCUCAGACGUAAUUGCCUUGAAUGAGAUGCAACGGUGGUUGUCCCCUGAGAUCAGCUUUAUGCCUUGAGUCCCAUAUUGCCUUUAGAGUAGUUCCCCAAAAGAGAUCCAGGAUAUUGGAUAGAGGGUUAAAAAAACUGAAAUGUAUUAAGCUACGGACAAAAACAAAGCAAACGAAUAAUCUCUAGAAAAAGAAACAAAAAAAAUACAGCUGCACUUAAAGUACAAGUGAUUUUUUUUGUUUCUUUUUAUAGAGAUUAUUCUUUUGCUCUGUUCCUUUUUUUAUUUUGUAUUUACAGUACUACCCUAUGCUUGCUUUUAUUUUUGUCUUUUAGGUAUAGGAAUUCCAUCAAUUUCUUUGGUAAAACAAUACUUUUGUGUGUGCUCUCACUAUUGUUAAUUUCUAUUUGCCCAUUUCUCUGUGUUGUGGAGUGACCCACAUAAGUGAUUAAAGCACCUGUUUGUUUUAUAUUCAUCUUUAUACCUUUUCUAAAUAUGUUGUACAUAAGUAAAAUCAUGCUGUUUAUUUUAACUUAAAUUUUCAGUAAUUCAUGUGGCUAUCACUUUAUCAUGCAGCUGCCUAAAAUAUCUUGGAAUAAAAUCACAACAUUAACCACAAAAUUAACCGCAACAAAUGUUUUUUGUUUGUUUGUUUUUUGUUUUUUUAUAAAAGGUGGCUAUAACUUUCAGAAAAAAAGCUCACUGCUUAUUGCAAUGAAAUUAUAUCUGAAAGUUGAAUGGCUAAUUGCGAAUUUCAGGUUAUUCAGUGAUAAUGAAUGAAAAAAUGAAUGUGCGAAGAGGGAAGUAGUGUUAAAUUAUGGACUGUCUUCAAAGAGCCAUGUGUUUGGAUAUCUACUGUUCUAAAAUAUUGCAGACAUAAAUAUCUACACAGUGUUUUAGUAAUCACAACCAACUUCUAUAUUAGAAAAUACUGAACUUCAAAAACUUUGUUCUCAGAAAUCCCAAUAUAUAUCCCCAAACAGACACACACACAUGCACAUACCCAUAUUCAAAGAUACAAAAAUCACAGGCACACGUACUAUUUUUUUGAUGUGCAAUGUAUUUAUUUGUAUUAUUUUAGCUAUCCUCCUGUAUGUCCCAUAUUUCGGUGCAGUAUUGCAUGUACUGACAUUUAAUGUGGAUAAGUGCAAGAUAAUGCAUCUUGGGCGUAAAAACCCAAGGGCAGAGUAUAGAAUAUUUGAUAACCUACUAACCUCAACAUCUGAGGAAAGGGAUUUAGGAGUAAUUAUUUCAGUUGCUAGCAGAAUGCUUGCUUGUAUAGGGAGAGGCAUUAGCAGUAGAAGAGAGAAGUGCUCAUGCCAUCGUACAGAACACUGGUGAGACCUCACUUGGAGUAUUGUAUGCAGUACUGGAGACCGUAUCUUCAGAAAGAUAUUGAUACUUUAGAAAAAGUUCAGAGAAUUGCUACUAAACUGGUUCAUGGAUUGCAGGAUAAAAUUUACCUGGAAAGGUUAAAGAAUCUUAACAUGUAUAGCUUGGUUGAAAGAUGAAACAUUCUAUGUUUCUAUAUUUCUAUGUACACUAUCUUGCAACAAGUGUAAACAAUAAAGCACCCACUCAUGCAGUCUGCAUUUACAAGAUAGGAUGCCACCAUUUCAAUAAGAUGGUUAUCCCUGUUAGAUAUUCCACGGUAAACUAUAAGUGGUAUUAUUUCUUUAGAAACAGCAGCAACACAGCCAUUAAACGGAGGACCACAUAAAGUCAAGAAGCAGGCUCCUCAAGUGCUGAGGUGCUCUGCUGAUUCCAUAUCUGAAGAGUUCCAAACAUUCACUUGCAUUAAUAUAAGCACAAAAACUAUGUGCUACUGAAUGAGUCUGGGGUUGGUGGAUGCCAGGAGAAUGUCACCUGCAUUGUGACUGCAUUGUGCCAGAUGUAAAGUUUGGUGGAGUAGGGAUAAUGGCAUGGGCCUGUUUUUCAAGGGUUGGGCUAGGCCAUGUACUUCCAGUAAAGAUAAAUCUUACUACUUCACCAUACCAAGACAUUUUGGACAAUUAUAUACUUCCAACUUUGUGGGAAAAGUUUUGGGUAUGCCCUUUUCUAUUCCAGCCUGACUGUGCACCAGUGCAACAAAGAAAGAUCUUUAAAGAUUUGGUUUGAUGAGUUUUGUGUGGAAGAACUUGAACUUAACUGUUCCCUGACUUCAACCCCAUCGAUUGCCUGUGGGAUGAACUGGAAUGAGCCAGGCCUUCUUAACCAACAUCAGUGACUGACCUCACAAAUGCUCUACUGGAUGAAUGGGCACAAAUUCCCACAUAAACACUCCAAAAUCUUGUGGAAAGCCUUACCAGAACAGUAGAAGCUGUUAUAGCUGCAAAAGGGAAACCAUCUAAAUAUGUGUAUGUAUUUAGAAUGCAAUGUCAUAAAUGUCCUUGUUGUGUAAUGGUCAGACGUCCCGAUACUUUUGUGUAUAUAGUUUAUGUUAAAGGAACACUAUAGUCACCAGAACAACUACAGCUUAUUGCAUUUGUUCUGGUGAGUAGAAUCAUUACCUUCAGAGAAAUUGCAGUGUUUAUAUUACAGCCUAGUGAUAACUUCACUGGCCACUCCUCAGAUGUCUGUUAGAGGAAUACAUGUUUGUGUUCCUGACCCUAUAGUGCUCCUUUAAAGAAAUCCCUUAAUAUAUUGGUUUCUGUUUAGUGAUAACUCUGCAAUGCAGUGGAGCAAGAAGCUCAAUAGCACAGCACAGGUAUACGCAAUCUUUACCACUCCAGAUGUUGUAGACUACAUUCCCCAUAACACUAUCACAACCAUAAUGCAGGCAAAGCAUGGGAGAUGCAGUCCACAUCUGCAAUGCUGUAGGCUGCCUAACCUUGGUAUAGCAUUACCAUUCAGGAAAGAACCAUGCGGCUCAGUCUAACCCAUAAAAUAUGUAAUGGUUACACAGUCUUUGUAUCAGCAAAGACUUGAAAGGUUGUUAUUAAACUUGUAUAUACGCAGCAGACUGGUGGAGAGGUUGGACAGCAUAAAAUAUAUACAUUAAGCCACAAGGUUAAGCAAUCUUCAGUAUUCUAGAUGUUGUAGACUACAUAUCUCCUGAUGCAUUGCCAACAUCUUAACAAGAUCAUUGUGGGAGAUGUAGUCCACAACAUCUGGAGUGCCAAAGAUUGCCUACCCUGCAUGAUAAAGAGAAUAAAGGUAAUACAUCUAACAUAACAUAGUUCUUAAAAUUUGUUUAUAUAACUUAAGUUAAUACUUAGUUUCUCUUAAUCUAACUUAAUUUAGUGCUUAGUUUUACUUAGUCUAAUCCAAAUGAAUACUUACUACUUAACCCCUUAACGCCGCUACAGUGUUCUAAUCCGUCCCGCAUUAAAAGGGCUUAAAAGCCGUUGCGGCAGCAUAGAACGCCGUAACGGCUUUCUAUCCCUGGAGGUGAAAUUUACUUACCUCCACCGCGAUCCUCUUCUGGAGGGCUGCCUGACAGCACAGGCAGCCCUCCCCCAGCAAAUGAGGCCCCCUAUAGCUGGCUGUGGAUCUGCCAGCAGGGGGACUGUCUGAAAUGUCAGACAGUCCCCCUGCUGGUGGCAAAGUAAAAAAAAAAAAAAGAAUUAAACAUGUGUAAAAUUAAAAUAGAAAUUUAUUUAUAUAUAUAUAUAUAUAUAAUAGAUAUGUAUAUCUAUUAUAUAUAUGUAAUGUCAUACAAAGUGUAUUUUAAUAUUAAUAUAAGUACAUAUAUUAAUAUUAAAAUACACUUAGAAUGAUGUUACAUAUAUAUAAUAUGUAUAUAUAUUAUAUGUAAUAGAUAUAUACACAUAUAUUAUAUAUAUAUAUAUAUAUAUAUAUAUAUACGUAUAAUUACAAUAAUAAAUAAAUAAAAUAAUAAAAUAAAUAAAAUAUUGAAACAAAAUUUUAUAUAAAUUAUAUAUUCAUAUGUAAUUUCAUUCUAACUGUAUUUUGUUAUUAAUAUAUAUAUAUAUAUAUAUUUAUAUAUAUAUAUAUGUAACAAAAUACACUUAGAAUGACUUUCUAUAUAUCUAUCUAUAUAUAAAAUACAAAUAACAAAUAUAUAUACAUAGAUAAAUACAUAUAAUUACAUAAAAGAUUACAUUAGUAUACACGGAGAAUUUAAAUACCUAUAAAUGCAUAUAUAUUAAAAUUCAAUGUAUAUAUUUAAGUAAUCUUUUAACAUAAUUAUGUGAUUUGAUUAAUUAAAAUUUGAUUGACAUGCCUGACAAAACAAGGAGAAAGUGCAGAGAAUUAAAUUUGCAAGCACUAUAUUUGACCCUGGAACUCUCCAAGACCCCAUAAAACCUGUACAUAUAGGGUACUGUUUUACUCGGGAGACUUCGCUGAACUCAUAUAUUAGUGUUUCAAACUGGUAAAUUGUAUUACAAUGAUGAUAUUUUAAGUAAAAGUGAAGUUUUUUGCAUUUUUUACAAACGAACGGCACUUUUAUGGACUAUAUUAUUGUUGUAAUAUGUUUUACUGUUUUAAAACACUAAUAUUUGUGUUUAGUGAAGUCUCCCAAGAAUAACACUACCCCCCAUGUACAGGUUUUAUGGUGGUUUGGAAAGUUAGAGAGUCAUAUACAAGGCUUGAAUUUCAUUAUUUUGACAUUGAAAUUUGCCAGAUUGGUUAUGUUGCCUUUGAGAGCGUAUGGUAGCCCAGGAAUGAGAAUUACCCCAUGAUGGCAUACCAUUUGCAAAAGUAGACAACCCAAGGUAUUGCAAGUGGGGUAUGUCCACUCUUUCUUAGUAGCCACUUAAUCACAAACACUGGCCAAAUAUUUGUUUUUUGCUUUUUUCACACAAAGACAAAUAUGAACGCUAACUUUGGCCAGUGUUUGUGACUAAGAAGCUACUAAAAAAGACUAAACAUACCCCACUUUCAAAACCUUGGGUUGUCUACUUUUUCAAAUGGUAUGCCAUUAUGGGGGUAAUUCUCAUUCCUGGGCUACCAAACCGUCUCAAAGGUAACAUUACUAAUCUGGCACAUUUCAAUGUGAAAAUGGAACGUUCUAUUUAACCCUGUAACUUUCGAAAACACCAUAAAACCUGUUAAUGGGGGGUACUGUUGUACCCGUGAGACAUCGCUGAUUACAAAUAUGUGCAUUUUUCUGCAGUAAAACCUAACAGUAUUAUGAUAUUCACAGCUAAAAUGUCAGACGGAAAUACAAAUUUAAAUAAAAAUCUUAUUUUCUCACAUUUUUUUUAAUUUUAUUCAUAAUAAAUUAUGUUCCAUAUAUGAAUAGUUAAUGAUAAAUGAAAGCCCUGUUUCUCCUGAACAAAAUGAUAUAUAAUAAGUAUGGGUGCACUUAAUGUGACAGCGGUGAAUUACGGUUGAACAGACAUAUAGUGCAAAUUCCAGUUUUUAUUUACGUUUUGUUUUGAUCAGAACGUGCACUAUCCUGAAGGGGUUAAGUAUAUAAUAUCUAAACAUAUAAAUAUAGAUUUUCUUUUAGUUUAGGCUAUUUAUACCUUCUAUUGGCCACUUCUCAAUUGAUCUGUGAAUAAAAUGUUUCAUGAAUCAAUGUUUCAUGAUUUAUCCAUAUAGCAGUUGUGUUAUGGAAUUUGGACAAACUGUUGAUUGCCCAAAAUGUGUAAAAUUACAGUGUGUUUGAAGCCAAAUGCAGAAGUCAACUAAGCAAUAAUAUGCAAUCAUAUUACUAUGUUAUUCAGGCUAUUGCCAAUAAAGACCCCCAGCAGUGCAAAGUUUAAAUAUAUGUAAAAACCUAAAAGCAUUUGUUUUUUGCAUUUAUUGCUCUAGAAAGUAUGCAUUCCAGUCUCACAUUCUGACAUUGUCCAUUUUUUAUCACUAAUCUAGAUUUAUAUUCCAGAUACAUAUUUUGAUUUGGUAAAAACCCAAAGCAGCAAGUCUUAAUACAGCUUAAUUUUGUAUCCUUCAAUCUCUUUGACAAUAUGUUAAAGGAAUUUAAAAAUUGAACAAUUUCUUUCACUUGAACUUUUGCCACUAGAGUAAAGCUGCUAAGAUUGCAAGGUGAUGUCAGAAAUAAUGUUACAUCAGUAGAUAAGAGAAGAAAGCAAUAUACAAAACUAGACUAGAAAUUACUAUAAAAUAGUCAUUAUUUGUGGAGAUUGUUGCAAAAGCAAAUCGUUAAGAAAAAACGUGUUAUGUUCCACGUAAGCCUUGAAGUGAUAAGAGACACUGUGUGUCUCCAGUUCUUUCCUUAUGUUUCUUAUAUGUUUUGAAAUCCUAACAUUAAUGUUCCUAAUGGUGCUUCCUAUAUACAAUACAUUUCAGGGGCAUUUCAAUACAUAUAUAACCCCUUUUGAAAAAUAUGUCAGGUGGUCCCAUAUUUAAAAAUCUUUAUUAACCAAUUGUUUCAGGUCUACUAUAUCUCUCUUGCUGCUUAUAGUAGUCCUACAUGUGAGACAUAUUUCACAGCCAAAAAAGUCUAUACUCUGGUUUAAAAAGUGAUUAGAUGUGGGGGUUUAGGAUUGCUUUCCAAUAAUGUCUGUUUCAAAUUUCUUGCUCCUCUGUAAACAAACUUCAGUUGUCGAGGUACAAUUUCCCUUAAAAUUGGGUCAUCUCAUAAGCUGUACCAUUUGUGUUUACCUCCUUAUAGAAGUUUCUGGUCUUAAUACUGGUGCCUUGAAUGUAUAUAUUGAGAUCUACAAAUUAACUUCUAAAGUGCUUACAGUGGAGGCUAAAAUUAUUCCCCAAUUGUUGCAAUUUAAAAAUGUAAAAAAAAUUUUUUUUAGUAUGUACGGUAUGUGAUCUUGACCAUAUAAAAACUAUAUCAUCUAUAAAUCUGCGAUCACCAAACUUUUCCUCCUAAUAUGUCAUAAACAAUUUGCCAUUAUUGGAUACGAAGUUGGUGCCCAUCGAAGUUCCACUGAUUUGCAAAUAAAAUGUAUUCUGGAACCAGAAAUAAUUAUUGGUCAAAAUUAAAUGAAUAUCUUCUAAAAUAAAAUCAAUUUGGUUCUCUUUAAAAUUCAAUUUUGUUAAAACAUAUCUAAAUGCUUCUGAACCUAUCUGAUAGGGUAUAAUACUAUACAGAGAGAUGAUGUCACUGGUCGCUAGGAUAUAGUUUUCUAUUUAUGUAGUUUCUUCCAAAAGCUGGAGAAUAUGUAUAGUACCGUUUAAGUAAGCCAGAUUUUUUGUCACUACUGGUUGAAGUAAAGUAACCGGGUACUCACAAAUCUUAGAUGAAACAGAAUCUGUUCCCGAUAAAAUCGUUUUCCCUGGUGGAUUGUUCCUAUUUUUGUGUACUUUGGGUAACUGGUAAAAAAAAUAAAAAUCUUAAUUUUGGAUUGAAUAAAUAUUUCGCUUCAUUCUCAGUUAAAAUUCCUUUUCCUAAUCUUUUCUCUAUAUAUCUAUUAAAUUUCUCUUUUACUUUUUCUGUAAAAUUGGUAUGCAGUUUUUCACAUGUUAACUGGUGGAGUAUCCUCUCUUCUUCUAAUAUAUAUUUGUCUUUCAGGAGGACUACAAUACCCCCUUAUCUGCAGGUUUUAUAAACAUCAUUUUUUUUUCUCAUAUUUUUUAUUGCUUUCUUUUUCCCUAUCUGACAAAUUCUACUGGAACUUAUUUAGCUGUUUUAAGUUGUUCAUUUCUCUCAUUACCAUAAGCUCAAAUGUUUUAAUUUCAUUCGAGAUCAUAUUUUUAGGGGAAAAAAAGAGACUUAUCCUUAAAACUAGUGUGAAUAAAUUCUGUAGUUUCUUCUAUUUGAGUGUUUUCUUUCUUAUUCUUAUGGAAGAAUUUUUUAAGGCAUAAUCUCCUAACAAACUUAUUUAUAUCUACAAAGUUUGUGGGGGCAAACUUUAGUCCUUUCUGUAAGACCUCUAUUUCUCCUAUAGGUAAAGGUUUCCCUGUCAAGUUAAAAAUCCCAUCAUUAUCUACUUUUUCCCUCUGUUUUCUCUGUUUCUUAUUUCUGCUUCUUCUAUUUCUCCCUCUCCCCUCAAUAAUAUUGGCACACUUGGUAAAUAUGAGCAUUUCUUGCUUAACCCUUUGAUCUUUUGUUCAAAAACACAUUUAUAAAAAUAAAUCUUUGUGAUACAUUUGUGUGGUACAGAUAUUGUCAAUCUUUUAGUCAACCCUUUGUGCUACCUCCCUUUACCAAGAAAACAGCUCCAAGUUUUCUCCUGUAAUGCCUGAUGAGGUUAGAGGAUACGUGGCAAGGGAUCUGAGAUCAUUCCUCCAUACAGAAUCUCUUGAGAUCCUUCAACUUUCAAGAUCAACACUUGUGGACUCUCCUCUUCAGUUCCCCCUCAGGUUUGCUAUGGGGUACAAGUCAGGGGACUGGGAUGGCCAUAGCUGGACCUUGAUUGUGUUGUCAGUAAACCAUUUUUGUGUUGAUUUUGAUGUAUGUUUUGGAUAAUUGUCCUGCUGGAAAAUCCAACCACAAUCCAUUUUAAGCUUUCAUGCAAAGGCAGUUAGGUGUUCAUUUAAUAUCUGUUGUAAUCUGUUGUCAUUUAAUAUAUGUAGUAUAGUGAAGUUGGAUUGUAAUGUUGGAGACUUUCUGACCCGAAGAUGCAACUAACUCCAGCUGUGAUCCUUGGAGAUUUUUUGACCACUCAAACCAUCCUCUUUAGAGACAAUAUAGACGCAAGUCAACUUCCAGGUUGAUUCAUAACAUUUGCAGUUCAUGGUAAUUUCUUAAUUAUUGCCCCGACGGUAGAAAUGGGUUUUUAAUAAUUUUGACAUUUUCUAAUAGCCUUUUCUUAUUUUGUGAGGCUCAACAACUUAUUGCUGCACAUCACCGCUGUAUUCCUUGGUCUUACCUAUUGUUGAAUGACUAAGGGAGUUUGGCCUAUGUGUUACCUUAUAUUUAUACCUCAGCAAAACAGGAAGUCACUUAACAAUUUCCUGUUCCUAGACACCCAGGUGUUCUAAAAAUGAUAAAUUAUCAAUGGGAAUAUACUUCAAAUAUAUUUUUCCCACAUGAAUUCAUAGGGGUGCCAAUAACUGUGCCACACAUAUAUUUAACAAAAUAUUUAUUUUUUGGAUAAACCAGUUUGCAAUUGUUUGACAUCCAUGAGAGCAGAUUAUAUUUGCAUUUUUUUUUUUAACAAAUGAUCAAAAGUUUAAACACUAAAGGUCAUUUUCACAGCCUUCUUUGAUAUAUUUUCCAAGGGAGCGAAUAUUAGAGGAGGGUCUAAUAUUCAAAUCACAUGUACCUAGUGCAUAAAUAGCACAGAACCAGAGUCAGUUUUACAGUCCCAUAGAUUGAAUAUCACAUAUGUAGAUCAGAGAAUUUGCAUCAGAGAGUAAAAGGUCCAACUGACGAGAGAUAAAAGGUGAAGCCCUACAAAGUGUUCUCUGGUCCUUACAUGUUCAUGUGAUUGUCACUUGUUUAUUUUCAUUUAACAUAAUUGUUUCUUUACUUUAUUCAUUAGGAAACCAAAUAAAUAUAAUAUCAGUUUAAGGCAUAAAAAAAUUAUUUGUUUUACAUACAGUUUCACUUUGAGAUAACUAGAAUUUGAUGAAAAUUAAUGAUUCCAUUAUUUGCUUAAUCUUUUACAGCACUACUUAAACAAGUUUUUAUUUAUGUAUUUUGUUUUAUAAUUUUAAUCUCCAAGUCAUUACUAAUGGAAAGUCUGCAUACAGCUGUGAAACGUUAAUUACUUUUCUCAUUUCAUUAAUUUCCCUAUUGAUUCAGAGAAAUUUUAAUGACAAUUGCCAUGUAAAUUAAUAUCAAGAAUGAAAAAAUAACUCUAGGCCAGACCACUGAAAGGCACCAGAGGACUUAUGGGAUGAAGGUCUAAUGUCACUAAUAAAAUGAAACUUUUAUUAAAUAAAUGAAAAUAGUCAAAGAUAGUCAGGAUAUAAAUAUACAUGUGAAACCAAAGAUAUGUCAGGAAUGGUUAAAUUGUGUUGUAUAAAGUAAUAAGGACCCUGUAAACAUAAAAAAAUUAACAAUAUUCAAUAAUGAGGGUUAAGAGACUAGUCCUUUGAAUCAAUAACACCAACAGUCAGCUGGUGUAUGUAUAAUAUUUGUGUGGAAGGUCCUCAGAAGACCUACAAUCUAAAGAACCUUUGUGAAUCUUCAUAAAAAUGGUAACAUAAUAUACAAAUAAUGCCUUUAUGUAGGAAUACAGCAGGCACAGGUACUAGAUAUUUAUACUUAUUUUUAUGCUUUAUGCUUAAAGGAUCACUAAAGAUCCAAGAACACUUCAUCUCAAUAGUGGUCUGGGUGCAGUGGUCCUGUCAUUUUAACACUGCAAUCUACAAUAUAGCAUUUUUGUACUGCAAUGUUUACGAUGAAGGGCUAAUACACCUCUUGUUGCUGUCUUCCUGACAGCCACUAGAGGCACUCCCUCCUCCAGAACCAAGAAAAACUUGGUCCUAGAAUCAAAUACUGCCGAUUAGCAUGAAUGCCUAUUUCCAAUCCAUUGCUUCUCUUUGAAGGUGUAGCUGGUGCCUGCAGGUGGUGAGUCAUAGAGCUGGAAUCUAGGUAAGUAAUCUCUAUUAGUGUAAUUUUUGUUUCAUACGAAAGCGGGUGCAUAAAGUGGACUAGACAAAUGGAAACCUAUUGUUCAAAAAAUGAUUUACAAGCUGCUAUGGCAUCCCUAGGUAAUCCUUGUCACAAAAUGCCUUGUUACUUUGUAAAAUUUUCAUUAAGAAAUUUGGUUUUAUUAUACAUUUACAUAGUGUAUAUUUCUCUUUAGUGUCAGUGCAGCAUUUAGUUUCUGACGAGCAGGGAAACUUGGUCUUCUGGAGUUGAGCAACAUUUCUUGGAUUCAAUAUUUUUAUUUAUACAGAUAAUGACAGUUUCUUUUCUGUUGUGCUAUUUUAUUCCUUCCUACAUUCAUGAUUAUACCUGUUAAUUUCCAACUAGCAACUUCCAGUAGCUUAAAGGAUGGUAAUUUGCUCUACUGUGAUCAUGUUCAUUGCAAAGUAAAUUCAUCUAUUAAUUAUGCAAUCUAAAUGAAUUACAAUUCAUUCAAUAUACCGCUAAACAAUUUAAGAGGUAAACCAUUGGCAUAAACAUUGACAUGGUGACUGCUUUUUUUAAAUUUGUUUACUGUUUUUAAAAGUAUAUGCUCAAAUUUAUAGUGUCAUUACAAUUUUGUAGCUAUCUGGAUUAAAAUAUGAUUUGUUCUAUCAAUUAUAUCAUUUAUUUAGGAAUAAAUAUAAUCAACUAGUGGCUAAAUUUGAAUUUUAUGAUUAAACUGAUUGAUUCAUUUUCAAUUCUGUAAUUUAAAUGUGUUAAUUACUCUCUUUUUAUUGAUAUUAGGACAGCAAAAUGGAUUUGGAAACAAACAAUCUAAUCAACAGAACUGUUGCCAAAGAUGAAAACAGCACAUUUGCAACAACACAGCCUGAUUUUCCAGCAUGGGAGGACUAUAACAGCAGUGUUGAUGACAUACGAUAUUUUCUGAUUGGCUUGUAUACCUUUGUAAGUCUCCUGGGAUUUAUGGGAAAUCUUCUUAUUCUUUUGGCCAUUUUCAAAAAACGCAAGCAGAAGACAAUAAUAAACUAUCUUAUUGGAAACCUAGCUUUCUCUGAUAUUUUAGUAGUACUUUUCUGUUCCCCUUUUACACUUACAUGUGUCUUGCUAGACCAAUGGAUCUUUGGAGAAAUCAUGUGUCAUGUUGUGCCUUUCCUCCAGUGUGUAUCUGUUCUUAUAUCUACCUUAAUGCUCAUGUCUAUUGCUUUGGUUAGAUAUCAUAUGAUAAAACACCCACUCUCUGCAAAUUUAACUGCAAACCAUGGUUACUUUCUAAUUGCCACUGUCUGGACUCUUGGAUUCACCAUAUGUUCUCCUUUGCCUGUGUUUCAUAAAAUUAUUAAUUUAAGGGAAGCAUUUAAUCUGGAAUCACUUAUGAACAGUUAUUUGUGCAUAGAAUCAUGGCCAUCUGAUUCAUACAGAAUUGCCUUCACCAUAUCAUUAUUGCUUGUGCAAUAUAUAUUACCAUUAUCUUGCUUAACCAUAAGUCACACAAGCGUUUGUAGAAGUAUAGGAUCAAGGCUGCCCAACAAAGACACUAAAGUUGAAGAAAAUGAAAUGAUAAAUCUCACACUUCAGCAACCAAAAACUAAUCAUUCUGAUGUCGAAAUUUCCAGCAGUCGAAGAUGGAGCUAUUCAUGUGUUCGAAAGCACAGAAGAAGGUACAGUAAGAAAACAGCUAGUGUUGUUCCAGCCAUUCUAAGACGACAUCAAGAAAGUAAUACUGGAGAUAUUCCAGAAACAUCGACAACAGAACGGAGCCACACACUUCCAUCUAGUGCAUAUUUGCCAGGAGUACCCAUAUGUUUUGAAAUGAAACCAGACGAAAAUUCUGAACUGAACAACAUGAUUUCUGUAUCUAAAUCUAUAACUCGUAUAAAAAAAAGAUCUAGGAAGGUUUUCUGCAGACUAACUGUAUUGAUCUUGGCUUUUGCUGUCAGCUGGAUGCCACUUCAUCUCUUUCACCUUGUAACUGAUUUUAAUGCCAAUCUAAUUUCCAAUCGACAUUUUAAAUUAGUGUACUGCAUCUGUCAUUUGCUUGGCAUGGUGUCCUGUUGUCUAAAUCCGAUACUUUAUGGAUUUUUAAAUGAUGGAAUCAAAGCUGAUUUGAUGUCAUUCAUACAAUGUUUCCAGAUAUCCUAAGUUCAGAUAUGUCUAGAAUACAUUACAGAUUGUAAAUUCUUAGUUUACAUAAAAGCAAACACACACAAAAAACUUUUUAACACAUAUCCCCCCAAAUAGGGUAUACUGUAGCAAUUUAUAAUACAGCAUUGUUAUCAAUUCUUGCUUAAAGAUGUAUAUAGAGUCAAUUUCUUAAAUUGGGUGUUAUUUUUCAUUUUUUAUGAUCUAUUGGGAAAUAUGUAGAUGCAAUCAAUUACAUAUACAUGCCAGGAAAUACAUUUUAUGAUAGUUCUAGGAUAUGCCCC